ACUUCACUUUCCGCCAUUUUGCUUGACGCUGCCUCUGAGAAGCUCGAGCGCGGCCGAGCAGGAGAGAGUGGCAGUGAAUGUGUCUGCAGCAGCGAUUAGCAUUAAAAAACACAAACUACGGCUGGAGAAGAGAGGACCAAACCCCGCUGCUGUUCGACACGACAUCGGCGGGCCCUGGACUAUGAUAAAUUUAACACAGAGGCUGGUAACGGUGCGGUUUUUUGACGACAAGCGGGUUAUUGAACAUCUGUAGAGCAUAAUGAGGGCAUCCGCUAUUCUUUACGGUGGUUUUUCCUCCGAGGUUUAGUGAGACGCAGAGUGACACUAUUUAUAAAUGCGUCGCUUUUAGACAUCCUCUGAAGGAAUAGACACACCGAGGGGACCCAGCCUGAAGAUAUUUGGUUAAUUCCCUCCUCCCGUGGCCCCUGGGGAACAGUGAAGUCAUUUGAGAAGAAGACACGUCUGAAUCAUCUCGAUAGUUUUGCAGUUUUGCGAGGAAAAGCAAAAAAUAACAGCUUUCUCUUGGCAACAACUCGCGGUCGCACCAGACUCCCUUUUCUUUUUCAGUGUUUUUUAAUCUUACAUGGUUUUGUCUUUCUGAGCAUUCAUCGCCAACCCUCCUGUGGGCAUUUUCCCCGUUAAAGGAUGCCGGAUCAAAUAUCGGUGUCCGAGUUUCUCUCGGAAACAACAGAGGAUUACAAUUCCCCGACAACAUCCAGCUUCACCACCCGACUGCAGAGCUGCAGGAACACAGUGAAUGUGCUGGAGGAGGUAAGGCCACGGUGUCAGCCUGCCUGCAAGCUGUACCAUGAUGGAUGGAUGGAUGGAUGGAUGACUGGGGGAUGCAUGAUUAAACAACACAUCCAAAAUGACCCAGAUAUACUCUUAAAAUAAUCAUAGCAGAAAUACAGACGCAUUUCAAUACUGUUUAUGCAGCAAAUACCACACUCUGAAACCCCCUUAAUUCAACUGUUGUUUUUUGGCAGCAUUUCAAAAUUCCAGAGAGCCUCAAAUGCAUCAUGAAGAAAAGAAAAUAAUUGCACCUGUUGAGCUGCAGCUGCUGUGAAAGAGUAUUUUUACUUUGCACACUCAUUCUAAUGUAAUAAUGCAGGGCUGGUGUGUGUAGGUAAGCUCUCACAGGGUGUGUUUGUGAAUCUGCAGCUUAUUUUGUAAGAUAUGUAGAGCGAUAUUAGAGGAGGUGGAUGGCUUUGGUAAAAGAGUGUAUGCAGGGAUGUGCACUCAGGCCUGCAGCUCUCUGUGUUCACUAUUACAUAACUCACAGCUUCAGAGCAUGCUGCCAGGCUGUAGCUGUGUGUGUCACAGAUAAAAAAAAAACAUCCCUAGUCCCUGGCAGUCAGAUCUGGAUUCAGGAUUAUCGACAUUCCCCGCUCUCACAUAGGCCAGAUUGCAUUCAGAAAACACUCAAUUUUCUCGUGCUGCGCAGAAACACUCCCAAAGUCACAGUCUGUGAUGCCGUGUCACCUUUAAUCAUGCAGGAGGAGAGUAAUCAGGCCAGGCAGGUGGGUUGUUCUGCGUGUGGCGUGCGUGUUUCCCACCUCCCCAACCCCCCACCAUCAUCCUGCACUGGCAUCCUUCCUGCUAUGAUUAAAUAGAGCAUCAAACCAGGGGAGUGCUCACCUUCUCUGCUGUCAGAUAACGCCAAAGUGUGGCCUUGUUUCCCACUUUAAAACACAUUUAGCUGCAGACAUGACACACAGGAUUUAGGCUAUAUCUGCGCAUAAACAGAUACUUUUAAAAGGCAGAUAUUUUUUCUUAGUUUGAAAACAAAUCUGCCCUCAUUAGAGGUCCAUUUGAAUAUUCUCCAUCCACUCAACAAUACAGAAACUGUUGAAUACGACCACAUAAGUAUGCCAGACCAGUAGGUGGCGAUGAUGUGUGAUCAGUCUGCCAUGUCAAACACAGAAGAAGAACAUCUUUGGCUGAUCACCCCAUCUAAGCAUUAGCCCACUGAGCAAAAGACGUCUAGUUUUUUCUUAGACCUAAUUUCAACCGUCGAGAUUCUGUAUAUUUUUAGACGGAAUUUAGACGUUGCACUUUAACCCAUUAUCCGGUCACUAUUUAGUUCAAAAAGCAACUGUGAGUAGCAUAACUGAUCUCGAAGUCGUUGAGCAAUAUACUGUUCGACCUCUGUUAGCUGGCUAGUCUAAAUUUGGUCUAAAUGUAGACGUCUAAAAAACUUUCAUUUCUAGACCUGUGGUAGCCUGAUUUUAGACCAGUCAUCUAGGCUACAUUUAGACGUCUAUUAGACCUCUUUUAGACCAAUGGUUUUUUGAAGCAGCGAUGAUGUUUGAAACUUCGGACAUAAAGUCAUGACAUUUCAUCCUUGACACAAGCUCCAAUAUUUUACUUAAAGCAUACAAGCUUCAGUAUCAAAUGCCCAUAUCUCAAUUAUUGGCCGUAUUGCAAGAUUAUUAGGACCAAUAUUUGGCAGUUGGCUUUCUAUCUGUAUUGAGGUUCUAUGACCGAUUAAGUUCAUAAAUGUUGGUUUUGGUCCUCCACUCUGUCUCACCCAAGUCUAAUUCCCAGCCCACAACACUCUCUGAUUGGCUAGGUGUCAUAUGACUGUUGGACUUAACUGUACUUUUAAGUGUGACUGGUUUUCUGGCAUUUAAACAAAGUUUCGUGUUGGGCUUUGUAGUUUUCCCAAUCCUACGUUGAUAGUUUUUAACUUAAGUUCCAAAUAUCAGUUAUUGAUAUCGGCCCAGAAAGACCAAUAUCAGUCAACUCCUAAUGUGAGCAAAGGGUAGAACACAGAUAAAGACAAUGUUUUCUUAAAUACUCACAUACUCGUAGACAGCGCCUUCAUGCACAGGCCCUUAGACCUGAUACACAACAUCUUUCAAAAGCACUAUUCAUAAUACAAAACUCAAACCUAUCAGAGGUAAAUGGUGACCAGAGACUGCUCGCUUAAAGGAUAAAACCCAGGCCUUGUCCAUCUCUUCAACAUCCAAACAGCUUCUCCCAGCCUGCACUAUCCAUCACAUCUCAAAUCAUCAAUCCCUUACAAUCUCAUUAUAUCAUGAAGACAAUAAAAACCCACCAGAACUGAUCCAGGGCCCUGUUUAUUCUGAACCCGGAGCACACUUUCUGUAACAAGGGAAAGGCUCGCAUCAUGAAUCACCUCUCUGGCUCCGUGCCUCUUGAAAAAACCCGAAAGGCUGCAGCAGCACAAACGAAAAACAUCUGUUAGAAAGAGGGCCGCCAUGUGCGCUGCAUGGGCUGCAGUAGCCGCUCUGGAAUUUUUGCACAGAUCACAUGACAAGGAAGACCAUUAUGGUGGUGGUGAAGAGCAGGCAACACACUCUUCAGCGGCAUUUAAACAAAGAUGUAGCUGGAACAUUUGAAGGAGGACUGUCAGCCUGCCGGGAUACACCCAGCCAGCCCUAAGCCAGGAAUUCUGCAGGAUUAGAGUCUAUUUUAUGAAAUUAUCUACCCCGUUUGAUCCCUGCGCAGACAUGUAAAAGCUCCCUUGCAUCACCCACCCACUGCAGUGAAGCAAAACUGCCUUUAGCGCCUUUUUGCCUGGAGAGGAGUUUGUUUAAACCGUCCUGGAUUUCUGCUGAGCCCUCCUUAAACUUUAAACAUUCAUCACUUUUUCCCCCCUCCCCUCUUUUUGUUGACAAGGUAAAUUAUGCAAAGGUACGGCGUGAAUAUUUAAUGCUGUAACCUGAGGGGGUGAGUUGACCCACAGCAGCAGGGAAGUCUCCCUCUGACUCAUCUGGAGGUGCAAAGAAAAGAAGUUGCAGCAUCGUAUUGUCUUAAUUCAGCACCGCAUAUCAAUUAUUGAUCGUCGCAUAAUGACACAAAAGUAUUCGUGAGUCACAGCCUCCACCCUGUAACUUCUUCUUUCCCUGUGGCGGCAGCAGAGCACACAAAGCUGUUUACUGUUUACUCUGGGAUCAGAGCAGUAAUACACCAAAAACAAUGAGCAGCCAGAUGGAGCGAUAAGUCAAAAAUAACCUUCCUGACUCGCUGUCUUGAUUGCCGGAGACACGGGAGACGGAGGAAUUGUGUUUAUGUGUGUGAGGGUGGCAAAGCUUAAAGGAGGCUGGUGUGUCUGGGUUUUGUUUAGGUGUCAUCUCCAGUAAUAACCAGGCACUGCUGUGGCUUUUUUUUCCCUCUGCACUUCUUAGAGUCUUUCAGUCAAAAAGCGAAUGCUGUCUAAUUUAGUUGGAAUUUUUAAAACACCAUCAUGAGCUCUAUAGUUGUAUCCCAAUCCAGGCUGUAGCCUUUUUAGGCCAAGCGUUACAGCGAAGUGUCCAGCUGCGGUGGACAUAUGUGUCCUACAAUUUCUGGGCUGUGAGGGCUGCAUCAAAUGUGUAUUUUGCACUUCAACAUAUCCCGUGAUUCCUGGCACAUCAUAAUAAAUAAGAUGGAAGACUGUCAUCCUGUUGAGUAGUAGUACACUGACUUUUGGUUUUAAUUCAAGAAAGAGCUGCACAAAGGCGCCAAAGGACAGACGUAUUGAAAUUUAAAUGUAAAUGUUAGCAAUGGUGUUGAGGGUUCUUUUAUGCUAGCACUGCUAAUGAGAUAACUCCAUAGCCACCCAAUACUGAGUGACAAGUGUGGUGCUAAUGCUGUCGUCGAAUCCAGUCGUAUUAUGUUGAUGUCAGAGCCGCCUAAUGAUCCAACUUUACUCAUGAGCUGAAAAUGACGUCACGACCAAGUUCCCAGCGUUUCAGUCACCAAGUCGGAAAAAAGCGUAACCGGAGGCAGAAACAAGAUGGCUACAUCUGCGAGUUAUUUUAGCGCUCGCCUUGUCUGAAUAUAAGCAGGGACAAGGCCAGCGCUAAAAUGACUUUCGUAGAUUUAGCCAUCUUGUUUCUGCCUCAGAUUUUGCUUUUUUCCAACUUGGUAACUGAAACGCUGGUGAUGUCAUUUCAGCUCAGACUUCUGACUUCCAAGGUAUCUCGAAUGCAGCGUAAUAUUACAACUUUUACCUCAUUAUACGAGUACAUUAUUCUCUUCAGAGCUUAUUUUGUUAUCUGACGAAUGUUUGCACUGAUGACUUAAUUCAUCUAAAUCAAGGCUUGAUUGGCUAAGUAUUACAACUUUAUUCCUCUCAUGACUUUUUUAAAACAAUGACUAUUUUUCAAAAAACAGCAUUUUUCCCCCUCAAUAAUAAUAAUGCCUUGUUAGCAUAAGGUUACAGGUUAUUCCCAUAGAAUCUGCUUGAAACUUCUUCAUCUACUUUCUACGUUCACUGAAGUUUAUUAUACAUAUAAAGCCACGUACAGUGCACACCACAAGCCCUGUGAUUGGUCUGCUUGUAGCAUUGCGUUUCCUGCAUUAACAACAUUUCUGGUAUUGCUGCAUUAGCUCCCACUUGCCUGCACUGAUUCAGCAGCAAUGCAGAGUUGCAGUGUGUUAGGAGCUCAAUAAAAAGUACCUCACCAGCUUCCAACCAGUUUACAGGUGUUUUGUUAAUUUUUGCUCCAAGCUCUUGAUUUCUCAGCACUUCCUAGAUAGCAAUUUGCACAUUUUGGCUGUCAAGGGGAACCCCCAUUUGGUUUUUAUGACCCUCUAACCUUUUCUGAGAGCGAUCCCUGAGGCAGACUUAACUAUUUACCCGCCACAGUGUUGACAAAACCUUACAAGGACAGAUCAUGUGAAGCUUGUGAAACUGACGUCUGUUGUUUUACAUUUUAUUACCUCAAGCAUGUCACGAACCAAAUGUAACAAUAGUGUUUUAAUCAUUUCCUGUGAAGCUGCUAAUUUGGCGUUAUUCAAAUGUGAGUCAGAACCUGGUUUUAGCUCUGUUGCUAGCCCCAGUGAAGAAGUGUUAGUUUGAGGCGAUAGAGGGAAACCAGUAACACACUGUUAGCACAUUAUGCAAAGUAAGCCUCAGUCACCGCAGAUAAGAAAAAACACUCAAGCUAAAGCCAGAAUCUACCUCUCUCUGCACUAUCUGCACUAUUGUUCCCUUUUAUACCUUUUUAAUUUAGUUGCGAGCAGGUCAGAAAAUAAUCUGAACAUGAAUCUGCAGUAAUGGCGAUUCUGUAGAUAUAAAAUCUUUACAUAACUCUGAUAGUCUGAGAAUAAAACGGCGUUGACAGAUAUGUACAAACUAAUGCAUGUAACAUUACAUAAGAUAUCAGCACCUGAGUGUUUCCUCCCGUACAAGAGCAAACACAGUAACUCAUCCAGCUAUAAAUACAGACUUGAUGAUGUGUUUGAAAGCGGCCACAGAGAACAGGCUAACCUGACAUUUGCUUGUUUGAAAAUGUCACAGGUUUAUUCCUCUAAAAGUCCGCUGCCUGCUCAUAUUUUCUCUGAUGGGGGUUAAAUUUAGCAACGGGCACUUGUUAUUCCCCCGUGGGCCGGGCAUUGUCUGCCUCUCUACCCCACAGAUGGCACUCUGCGUCACUGUGCCGGCUCUCCUAAACCGCACAGAGCCGUGGAGCGAUACAAGGGAAACCCUCACUGCAUUGGCAUUCCUUUGAGCAUGCCUCUCGCACCACAUCACAUGGGCCUGUGCAGAAAAAUGUUGACUUUUCACAGUCAUUCUAUUCAAGCAUGGCUGGGCUUGACCUAAUAGGCAGAGGCCUUUUAUAUUCGUUACUUUAUAUAACGGUCUUUUCAGCCGCUGCAUGUUAAGCUCUGCGAGUUUGAUGCUAUCAAAAAGCUGAAUGAGGAGUUUAUUUCCACACCACUGCGUUUGUGAAUUAAAGUCAUCGCCUCAAGUCCUCACAGAGUAUCAAGGAAUGCAAAAGAUCUACUCCCAUUAAGACUUCAAAUUCUGGCUAAUUUCUUAUCCCUACAGCUUCAAAUCAUCGAUUUCUAUCAGUCUAAAACAAACAUUAGAAUUGAGGGCGGCUUCGUUCUUUUUGCUACCUGGAGCUGAGAUAAGCAUCAUCUGAACCCUUAUGUUUUACAAUACUAGAUGACAUUAUUGCUAUGUACUAUACGAUUGACUUACAUGACCUAUGUAUUCUUGGUAGGGCUGGGCGAUAUGGGAAAAAAGUUUAUCGCAAUAUAUUUUUUUCAUAUCAGUCGAUAUCAAUAUAUAUCACUGUGUAAAAAAUGAAAUUUAACAGUGCUUAUUGGUAGCAUGUCUUGUAAUACAAUAAGCUACUGUAUCUGUGAAGUCUUUGUGUCACUUUGAUUUUGUCAUAAGACGUAAGGCGCUAGAGAAAGCGGACUGAAUGGUCGGCUGUUUCGGCUGCACAAGCACCAUGGACUCUUUGCUUCACUCAGGGUUUACAACCUUUUGCGUUGCGCGUGUUCUGCCGCGUGGCACUGCUUCAGGUGGUGAAAGAGAUUUAAGGUAUUCCCUGACUUUGUGAGAACAUGUACUCGACAUAAUUUGCAGUGCACAUUACUCUGCUUCAUAUCCGACCUCAAAAAACAAAAUACCUCCACACCACCACCAACGUUUUUGUGCCAGUUUUGUAAAUGAUGUCCUCAUCUGUUGGUUCUCCAUCUGCAUUUCUGCCGGAGGUAGCAUUCUUUUCUUUUUUUCUCCCCAACAGUGCUCUCGGCUUCAUGAGUUAAAGUGCCAUUGUUUGCAUGUAGCUGCAGCCUGCUACUACACAGUUGUUUGCUACUUGGUUCUAAUUCGGCACGAUUGGUUCAGCGCGAGUUUACCAAAACAAUGCAGAAUGCAGACUAUUGAAAAGAAUAUUGACCAUGUUUUAUAUUGAUAUUGAGGGAAAUUAUUGUUUUAUCGCCCAGCCCUAAUUCUUGGUAUAUAAAGCACACCAAGAUACAGAAAAAAGUAACAUCAAAAUAAGCAAAUAUAACCAUGUACGCACGAGUAAGCAACUCUAGGAAAGGAAGUGUUUCAGUGUUUUUUUUACUUAUUCAAAUUUAUACAGUGUGAUAUUUUGCAUCCCUAGUAUCAGCUGAUGUAUGCUCUUACAAUGAGCAGUGACAGUUUGCAGAGCUCCGACCAGGAGUCUUCUUUUAGGUUGUUUCACAGCGAGUCCAACUUGUAGUAGUUCCCAGUUAGACGCAGAAGUCUCCCAAGGUGAAGCUGGAAACCCCUCUGUGGAGAGGGACAUCUGAUGUGACGUGGGAAACCCUCACUCAUCUAGCCUAGUUUGAGUGGCAGGAAACAAACCGGUAGAUAUGCAAGCAGUUAGCCUUCAGGUUUUAAUUUCAGAGUCAUAGAAUAAGCAAUAGGGAAAAAUUCAAGUUGCAUUUUAUAACUUACUGAUCGAUUAUGGAUAUGGUUCAUUUACUGACACAUAAGCAACAAAUCCUCACAUACAAGAUGCUGAAAAAAGAACAUUUUAAAACGCUUUCUUAAAAAAUGUUUGAUUACAGAAAAAACUAAUCAGUUUUUAUUUUAUUCAUUUUGGGCCUCAGCAGAAGAAAUAAUUUCCAAAAAUGUUGAGUUUAUUUUCUCUCUAAAUAUGGGUAAAUGAUCUAAGUCUGGAAUCAGAAAAAAAAAAAUCACAAUCAAUUUGUCAUUUCAGAAAACACUACAACAGUACAUUAUGCUAAAACCUUAUGUUAAAUAUUCAUUAAAAGGCAGCGCAUGGGAAAUAUAUUCAUCAUGUUCACAGGGCCGUACGGACACAUAGAAGGAAAACUGUUGUCAGUAAACAAGGCGAUAAAACAUCCGGAGGGUACGUUCAGAGAAAUCUCCUGUGUGCCUGUGGGUAUGAUUCACAAAAGCUUUUUUUUUUUCUCUGUCUUGGAUUCAAAUCAGUUUGUGUUUCAGAGGAUGUAUGUGCAUACUAAUAACUCAGAGAUGCUUGUCUAAUAUGCACACACCCUCUCCGCUCGAUGUUGUCAUGUGAAGCUUCGAGAACACCAGCAGUGAGUCGUCGGUAACAAAGGCGACACAGAUGAUAGAUUUUUCUCACAUAUUUGGUCAUUGAGCCUCAGAGGAAGACUGUCCCUGAUCUGGAAAGUUGUGAAAUGUUGUAUUUAACCAGAAACUUUCACUUUCACUUUCAUUUUUUCUCAGGUUUUGUGUUUGGUGUGUUGGGGGAUGUUUCCUGGCGUGUUAUUCAUUAACACUGAAUACAUUUGUGGGAACAAUGUGACUGUAAGAACUGAGCACUUUAGAGGAUUAAAAUGAAGUUGUCAUUGUCGGCCACUGCCAUUUACUUUAGGCUUGAACUGUACAGGUCUGAUGCAAAUAAAUUAUUCUGGUUCUUGAUUAUUUGGACAAAGCUUUUAGUCAUUUUUUCUCCAUCUUUACGCUUGAUUGUGCACCAUAUUUUGGACCCCUCCAGACUCUCCCUCCUUCAAAAAUGAGGUAAAAACAAUAAAUAAUUUAAAGAGGGGAGACUGGUUCUCUUGGCUUUACAUAACCAAAGUGAGUGCCUCCUAUUUAAAGCUCCAUUCUGCAGCAUUUUGAACUGCGGAGAGAGCACAGCUGCGUCGGAUUCAAUAAUAAAUGAAGUUAUGGCUUUUUAUUCAGCAUUUGUCCCUUGUGUCACCAAACCCAGUGAAUCAUUUGGUCUGAGAGAAUGGGAGCAUUUUCCUCCCUUGGCACGGUUACUCACAUGACGUCUUGUUCCAGUUUGACUGCAGUGUAAAUGAAAAAAAGUCAAAGUCACUUUCGAGAUCCUCAAACCUCAGUUUUGAUGUUUUUAGUGUUAACAAAAUGAUCUUUUUUGAUGAAGUUUGACAUUUUGAUACUGGAAAUAUUAACCUGUUUGCAAUUAUCAGCAGGAAAGUGUUAUGAUUUACAUAUUUGUGCAACCACCUGAUUUGAUUAAUUAAGGGACAGUGAGCAGGUAGUUAUAACAGCUUGGAAUUCAGACAGGGUGAGCAGGAGCCUUGUUACGGUUUGCUGCAACUACCCUCUCACUAUACAUCAUACCCUGUAUUACUUGGCUAUCACGUAAAGAAAUGAAGAAGUAGGUAGAAAAAAUUGAGGUUAUUGUGGAUUUAUUGAUUAGGAUUUUUCAUAAAGCAAGAAACAGUCCAGAGUUAGUUGAUGCUAUGGUAAUGGUUUUGUCAAAACAGGCUAAAAUGGGACCAUUCAACAUUUUGAUUCAUGGUAAAAUCUAAACAUUUGUCUUAUCUGCUUUAAAGCACUUGAAAGUUACAUUUUCAUUCCCAGUACAAUCAAAACAUGUUCAAAAACAUUAAGUUGGCAGUGUAAAAUUCAAUUAAAAGGCUGCAGUCUAUGUUUUGUUUUGCCUUUUAUACGUGUCUUUCUUCUUCACUUUGUUAGAUGUCUCCUUUAUUGAGCUCCUUGCAUCCUCCAACGAUCCUUGCUGUUUUUGUUUUGUUUUUGUUGCUUCUGAUUGGCCAGCCACGAUCCAGAAAUUUCAUUUUUUGUGCUCUCUGAAUAAAUCUUGAAUAAUACUAAAGAUGUUCCCUCACAAAAACACGAGUGAAACAUGCCAAUCUUUUGCAUACUUAUUGAUUUGAUUUGAUGUAUUGGAUAAAAUGAGCAACUCUUUGAUGUCGAGAAAUAAUAGACUGUUGCCAUGGAGUUCUGACCAAUCAGAGUUAAAUACUCAACACAGGCAGGAAGUAAGUCUUUACGAUUAAAUUUAAUCUUGCUGUUUUAUGUUCUUAAAUGUACCAGCAUGAAAAGUUUCCCACUACUAUUAGUAUUUCCUUUAUUUAUAAAAUGUAUAUGUUACAGUCUAAUGCAUGAGUUCAGACCCAGGCUGGAGUAUUUUCCCAUCUGUACAUCUUUGCCUCGAAGCACUCAUAGCAUCAGUGGUGCUAUUAUAUGGAAGUCAGAUGACAGUUAUUAUGAAUUAAUGGUGGAGCAUAAAAAACAGUGCAAGUGUCUAUUGUAGGGCCAUGACCAAACACAAAAUGACUCCAGGAUUGCACCAAGCAUCAAAGAUUGAUAAUGCAUUGAAUAAAAGAGCAUUCCAGCAGGAUAAUGUUUCUUUAAAUCUCUCUGUAUUAAUACCGACAAACCUCUGAGCCAUUUCAUGAUUUGUUCUGUCUCCCCAGCAGGAGGGGAGACUCUGUUGUGUUGCUUGUUUGUCGGCUUGUUUGCCGUCUGUGGCUGAAAUCUGAUAAUCGGUCUGUGGGCCACAGCUGUUGGCCUACCUUCCUGCCACAGCUGCGCUCUGUAUAUCAUCAAGCACUAUUAGCCGGCAGCGGAUUAGCCCAGCCCAGACUCUGCUCCGGCGCUCUGAUCCCCAGCUCUUCCUCAGAUUUAGGCGAGGAAGUGUGGGUCAGUGUUAACAUCUGUCUGUAGGCUUCCUCACACGGUUGGAUGGUGUUAAAAGUCGACUUAGACUGACAGCCAUUUCAACCUCUGAUGGAGGAAUCUGGUGCAGCUACAGAGAAUGACUCAUCUAAAUAACACAUGUCGUAGAGCAGCUUUUUAAAACAUCUGUCAUUUUCCUUAAUAAACAAAUAUUUUGUAGAAUAUCCUGACAUUUUGAGGAGUUAAGAAGCCAGCACUUAACUACUUUCCUUCUCCAAAAACAGCGACCUGUGUCUUUAUUUGUGAGGAUAAGACAGCAGCCUAUCGAGCAGGAAAUGGGAAGAGAGGCUGGUCCAGAAGUGCCACAAAAUAAACAGCAAAACUGAAAUGCUAUGAUGAGGUAUUGAUCCUCCAAGGUAGCAGUAAUGUGUUGCAAUGGUUUCACCAUGCAAGGACUGAGUAUAAAGAAAAGUAAUGUCUGUCUAUUGAUCUGUCUGUCAAUCAAACUGCAAAUGCUAGAAGUUUUGAACGUUCUUAGUCAUCAGUAGGACUAUAACUAAUCCCUUAAUAACUCAAAUAAGAAUGAAAAACCCUGAAAACUUAUAUAUGUUGUAUCUGAACAGGUUAGCUUACGAGCUAAAGUUACUUAGCACAGAUGAAAGUUAAAACAAAGACGUUUAGCAAACUGUUAAAACACACAAACCAUCGUCAUAUGAGAAAUCUGAUGCUAUGACUCUCCACAAGUUGUCCUUCAGGUCGUUAUUUUUGUAAUGUUUUUGUUUUUUAUUAAAAAGCACUCUGUUCUCCGACACGUAAACAAUCAGUUGGUCGGCCAUGUUGGAUGUACCGAUGAAUCUGAAAUCUGAUUGGUCAGGAGUGAACACACGGUAUGUGAAACUUUAGAAAAUUCGACCAUGAUGCAAAAGGUAAAUGCCGCAAUAUCGCAAGGCGGGAAAACAUUGCUGAUGUGAACGCUUGUAAUGACAGGAUAUGGGUUCGAAAAAAAAUAUUGACGUCUGAAUUAAAUGCACGAAAAAACGCUUCCGGUGUGUAAGGACCUUAAAACUUGGUUUACCAUUUUUUUUACUAUUUGUCUUUUUCUCAUGAAACUUAAACUACAAAGACAUGACUCUAAUGGUCUCUGCAGGACAUCAAACCAAUCCCUUUCUCUUUAUCUCCCCAUUUUGUGUAAAGUCAAUUAGGACGAAUUUAAUGAAAAAGAUAUAAAUUCUCAGUGACUAUUGUCUACAUUAAUAUACUCAUUUGCAGUUGAGCAUUUUCAGUGUGUACAGCAGCAUAUUUGACCACAUUGUUCUGUGUUUUCUUGCCAACAGACAUUGCUUUUUCUCUCUUAUUGUUUGUGUUACUUGUUCCUUUGCAGCAAACAACCACCUCCUCAUCCCCCCUCUGUCCACCUUUUGUGGCUUUUUAUUUUUCCUCCUCUACGAUUAUAUCAGAGCCGUGGUAACAUGGUUGUCCUCAAGGACCGCUCUGCAGAAUCAGGAGACGUUGCUGUCCUCUGACGGCUGGCUGUCUUGCGGAGGCCUGAGGGGUAAACAGAACAUCUCUGUCUGUGAGCUUUGAUGCUGUUUGGCCUCGGACUGUGUGUGUGUCUCUGUGUGUUUGUGUGUGCACCACAGCUAAACAAUUGAUGCAGCUUUUCAAUGCUGAAUUUUGAGACUACUUGUCCCAGAACAGCCAAACGCCCGCUGGGGUCAUUGAAGCCUGGAGGAAGAAGCAUUGACAGUCCUUUAAGAGGAGCUGUUUACAUCUUUUAUAAUGCACUUAAAUGUGGGUGAAAAGUGCUCCUUCCUUUUCCACAUCAUGACAGCAGCUUUCAGAGCUCGUCACUUACAUAACACAAACGUCACACAGGGAAAUCUAAAUCGACAUGUGUAUUGACGGUGGUUAAAGCUUUGGUUGGACGUCACUAUAAAGGCACAUUUCUCUUCCUCUGGGAGUCCAGUUGCUCACAUUUCUGAACAUCCAAAUGGCCAGUGGGAGUGGAUACACCUGUGGUUUUGGACUCCCUCUCCCCCAGCAGAGUCCCAUAAAGUGUGAAAUUCGAGACGUGUCUGCAGAAAAACUUCAAGGAAUGCUGUAAAGCGCUCUGCAGAGUCUGCGCCUGUGACUUUGCUUAAGGACUCAUGACCGGGCCGUGAGCUGGAACGUUACUCAGCGGCUGGAAAAGUAAUGUCUCUCCUGAUUGUGCAUGUUCAUCAAGGGAGCACAUUCUUGUAGCCUGUAAGAUUUACAAGGCGGGCGGCUGGUUUGGUAGGAAGCAGAGCUGGCAGGCUUAUCAGCUGAUCAAUGAUAAGUCCAAGAUUGGUGAUAAGAACUUGUAGUAGUUUGUUUUAGUUUUUUUCUGUCAUCGACCCACACAUGAACUGGUGUGUUACACAAGAUGAGAUUUGGCCUUUGGCCAGCUAUUCUACUGAAGUAUUUCUACUCCUCUCCGUCUCUCUCAUAAUUGAUUUGUAUUUUAACACUAAUGGUCAAAAUUUUCUCUUGUUGUUUGACACCUACUUAAAAAAAACGUUUGCAACCUUGCGGCUGAUUCACAAUUGUACAACAAAACAGACUCAAUUUAACCCUCCAUGAUAUGUAACUCUGUAGUUUAAUUUAGAGAUUAUUUUUUCCACAAAGAAAAAAGCCGUAUCAUACCAGUGCUGCACUUUAAGGCCAAAACAACAAAGAAAACCAUCAAUGAAACAGCGUGAAACAAAGUAGAUUUGUUGCUUUUAAAACCAUAAAGAGACACUGAUAAUCAGAAAAGUUGUUUAUCGAUUGAAAUCUCUUGAACUUCUUUUGCAGUUGGAGUUAUGCAGCUGCCACCAAGACAUCACAACUGAGAUCAUCUUUAUAAACAGAUAAUCAAUAGUUAAACAAUUUCUCAGAUUAUAUCUGCAGUUUUUAAAAUGUUUUGGAAGAUGUGCAUCUGUCACAGCUAAGUUUAAGUUUAAUUGCAGGAUAGGUUUUUAUUUUUGCUCUAAAGACAGGCUUUUUAAAGUAAGUGUGUAUGUGGCUUCCAUGGCUCUUAAAUCCAGCCUCAAGUGGACACUUUAGGAACUGCAGUUUUUGAGCACUUCUUUUUUGGUCUCAUUUUCUAAAAGCAGAGGUUGCCAAUUGUUUUUAUUUUAUCCAAAGUACCAUCACUGAUUGGUUUGUUCUAGUGGAGUAGAUCAAUCAUUUUUAGGCUUAGCGCUCUCUCUCUUUUCUUUAUUUGUUGAUGGAAGUUAUGAGAAAACCUCCAGAGGAUGCGGUAGUGAUGAGAGAAAAUCAAGGUACCCUUUUCUGAGUUUAAUUGUUACCACUUACAUUCUUGUCUAUAUAUAAUUAGUCUAAUUAUAAUUUUAUAAUAAAUACUUUUGGUUUUGGAUUGUUGCGUCACAAAGGAAAAACUUCCAGUCUUUAUCAGGUCUUGUUGAGAAAGGUAUUGGUAGAUCGAAGAACAGGAGGUUGUGCUCAACUUGUGUCAAAGGGGGAUUGGUUUGGCUCGGUUUGAGGGUUGGUUCUGAGGCUGUGUCACACUGGUUCUCAGUCCACAAUUCGUGUCAGCCACAUGUCACCCUCAACUCUUUAGCCACAUUUCCUGUUCCUCUAUAGCUGUCCUUUCUAUGCUCUCCAAGUGAAAGCCAUUGCAGGCCAUACUAAUGGACAUGGUUACAUGGUGACUUCUCUGUUUGCGUAGAGUUGGACCGAUGCACAUCUAUGAAAGUAGAUGUCUGCUUCCAAUACAUUGUGUAUGGUUGCAGCCCUAGUCGGCAUCUUAAGUUCUUAAUGAAACCAGAACUGAAACCAUAAUCAAUAAAACAAUUUCUUACAAUCAUUUCAUUCCUGGUUGGAAAGUGUUUUUAUGUCACUCUCAUGGUUUACAAUUGUCUGGUAACAAACAGCCUCUACAUGUUGCUGUUGUUCCUUUUCUUUGUGUCGUCAAACUCGAGAAAAAAAGGAUCCUAGCUGUCAUUUUUAAUCAUCAGUUGUGAGUUCCUCCCACUGAUCUCCAGUGGACGGGUGUUAAUGGCAUCCAAUCUGAAUAAUCUAACAGCUGCUACACAUGAAUAAUGACUUCCUGACUGAUAAACACAGCAAAGAUUGAGGUAUGCUGCAUGUUUGAUGUUAGAAGAGUCUACUGCAGCAGUGUGUGGGUGUGAUUGUGAAAACACGCACGAUGCUCGAAACAAGCAGUGGGCUGAGUGAGAGUGAGCAUUGCAGGGGGACGCCGCCAAACGAUGUGUGAAUCUAACGCUGCUGCAUGCUUGGCUUGACUGUUCUUUGGCUUUGUGCAUGCAUGACAGUUGCUGUGUUCACUCUCUGGAGAUGUGCUGCAGGGAUUUGGUUUUACACCGAUGCAGCUCUGCAAGUGGCUUCAUCCACAGCGUGGCCUCAAACUCACCACAGAAUGCUGAGCGGCUCCCAUCUCUCUCUUAGAGCACACAGCAGGAUGCUAAUAGAGAGGCUUAUAGCAGCUAUACAUAAUGGAGUAAUCUCUGACCUGUAUUGAUUUCUCUUGGCAGCCAAUGACAUUAGCAGGCCAAGCAUGCAAGCUUAUUAGAGCAGAUAUCCAACAUUAACAGCCAGUAAAAGGUUAGAGGGAUAGACAGUAAGUAUUGAUUUUGAUUAAUUUCAGUAAAAAUGGAAAUCAGGUUGCGGGAGGUUGGUAUAUCAUUACAGUAAAUCUGUAAGUCUGCUCCGUUCUUUGUCAAAGUUGCUUUUUUCGUAUGCAGUGAUCAAGUAUAGCCUGAAAUCAUAGCUGAGAUUUGAUUGCGGUUUGGACUUCCUUCUGGGACACUCAUACUUGAUGGCAGUUGGCCAUGAAAGGAAAUUGAGAGUUGGCUGCGAAAAGACAAAAUGCAUCCAUAAGCUUCACUGCAAGAAAAUCUAAUCCGAAAACAUUACAGGCAAAAAAUACUCUUCAUGAGAAAAUGAUGUUUGGACACAUUGUUAAAAGAGAAGGAGUUGUUAGUAGGCUAGAGGUAAUAUUACACUAGGGAUGACAUAUAAUGCACCAAAUGGUAGACCAGGCACUGUGUAAAAGAGACCUAGUGACACUGAAAGCAAAACUAUAGCUGCUUACUUCCAGUUUAAUGUUUGAUUUGACUUCAGCACAUAUUUUUUAUUGAACUGAUUAGUUGUUAAACAGGAAUAUCAUGUUUAAAGUGAUGCAGAAAAGAUUCAGAGUUUUAGGGCCUUUGCUCACAGACAAUAUUUUUCCAUCCCAGUGGUGCCUAGCAUCUUUACAAACCAUUACAGUUCAGUGUUUUAGUGCACAGUGCAGAAAAUCCCUCAGAGUUGGCAGUUUUAACUAUUUUUUGUUGUUGCACUCACAGUGCUAUCAUUUGUCUGAGUUUUGAGAUGACAGAAAUUUAACUCUAUAGUCUAGAUAGUGGUUGUUAGUCAGACUCACUCCCUACUCCUCAUAUUUCCAUUUUUCUUUUUGGCUGUCAUAUCUGAUCAAGUCAAAAUGCCCCAAAACCGAAAUAAGUGCAAAUUUUGUAAACCGUAAGCACUCAGGAAGAGGUGUCUGAAAUUGAGGUUGUGGAUGCUGUUGGUGGACACAGGCCCUUAUUUGAUCUAAUGUUGCUCUUUAGAUGGGGAAAUAACUGGUGAGAGGGUUUUAAGUUUCUACUAAAGCUGUAAUGUGUGGGGUUUUAUUUGGUUUGGCUGUGGCUCAAUGGUAGAGUGGGUUGUCCCGCUGAGGGGGUUGAUGGUUCAAUUCCAACUCCUGCAGUCACAUGUUCUUAGGCAAGACACCAGAUCCCAAAUUGCUGCUGGUGUCACAGCCAGGGGUGUAUGGAUGGGUCUAGCAGGGUUUAGUUCAUUUGUGAAUUCAGUGAAUGACCACUUACAGUACCACUGUUUAGUUAGCGUGUUAGCAUACUAACAUGAGCAGCAGCUUUAGGUUCAUUCCUCAUCAGGUGAUCUCAUAUUCUGUGUGGGGAAAGUUUGAUGUAAAUGUGACAGUCCCUUUAUGGUAGCCAAACCAAAGUUUCCCAUACACCAGCACAUAAAUUAACAGCAACAAGUAAUUUUCAUGUAAAACCCCUUUGGCGAUGGCUUAUUACCGUAAUACUAUUACAUUUAUGGAGACUUUGCAAAAAUUAACCUCAUAAACUUGAUUCAUAGUUCACUUUAAUGGCGUACUGACUGAAAUAAAGCAAAGAAAUUUCACACCAUCAACUCAAUGAAAAGAAAUACAUUUAUCUCAGAUCACUUUUUAUGCUUUCGAGAACGAUUGGCGCGUAGUUUAAGAAUAGAAAGGGUAAAACAUGUCAGCUAGUGGGUUUAGCCUCUUUCGUCACGUCUUUGUUGAAACGCUGGUUUUCAUUAUUGAUUAUGUAUUCCGCCGUUGGCUUGAAAAGACAACCAUGAUGGUAAAAAUGUGUUGACUAAAGUGUGAUUUGAAAUGCAGGAUUUCAACAGUUGGUUUAGUUUUUCCUCUUCCCGGUAAAAAGUGUAUGUUGAGGAGCAUGAGUGAGGACUUUAAACUUGCUCGGGCCUUUUAAUCUUCUCUCAUGUCAUGAUGAUUGAUGUUUGACUUCCCCAAUAACUCCAAACCUUCGCCGCUGUACUAACCAUUUUCGACACACUUCUGCAGUCAUAUCGUCAUUUCUGAUUCACCUCUUAACCAAAACCAAAACCAAUGGCAGUCGAUCGCAACUUUCAGUACCAUCUGUUUGAUUUUGUGUGUGUGUGAAAGAAGUAGGCCAUCUGACCUCAGCUGCUUUUGGAAAUGUUACAUCCUCUCAUUUUUCCCAUUCCACUUGGAGAGCUGAAGGCCUCUCCGGCUGCAGGCCCAGAGAAAGGGAUGUGCAUUUGUUUCCUGCCAAUGAAAACGGCUCCCCACCCUUCCUGCUUGAGUCAUGCCACAUGGACUCAACAGACAGACACACCAAAUAACUUGACAUACAGAAAGACAGAAGUACAAGCAAGACAAGCUUGAUUGAUGCACUCUCUUAGAGUAUAUUUUAUAGUGGCGGUUGGGUAAUUCUCUGCCAAAGAGGAAAUGAGAAUGUGACAGUAAAAAGGGAAGCAGAAUUAAGAGAAAUUUAAAGAAAUAUAAUCUGGGCAGCCACUUUUCCUCAAAAGACGCUGUAGGCUUUUCUUUAGGGAAGUCCUUUGAUAAUCCUUCUCUUUCCUGUUUUCUUCUUCUUGGAGGAAAAUUUGCAUAUUAGUAAUUCUGAGAACUUGUUUGUCUCAAUCUCUGCUGUGUGAAGACUCAAAUCUGCUACACUGGCUCAGCUGACAAAGGGAGAGAACUGGCCGGCUAGUCAGAGCUGCUUCCCACAAUCUCUACAGUGAAGAAUGUAGAGCCGGCGCGUGAGACAGCCAGAUCGCGUCUCCUUGGUAACCGCACAACCGUACGCGGGUGUGAUGCCAAAUGACAAGGAGGAGAGCGAGGAGGUGUAAGGAGCAUAUAGUGUAUAAAUAAUGAGCGCAGCGGCAGUGAUGUCACCCAUUGCUUUGCAGACUGCCCUGUAAAGCUUCAAGUUUGGCAUUCACUGAGGCCAUGUUGGUUUUCUGGCGCAGGAAGAGACUGAAUUUGGAGGCGAGGGUGGAGCUGGGGAGAAGGAUAGGUUGGCAUGCUAACACCGAGUUAUCAAAGCCAAACGGUCAUUGACUUUGGUGAGUUUAUAAGCGGGUGAAUAAGCUGGUUUACACUUGUUUGUCUCAGGGAAGGAGGUUCCAUUUGGGAUGGUGUUGACUGUCGCUAUUAAUACAUCAAACUAAAGGAGAGAGAGCUAGUGGGACAGUGCAGACUUACAGGUGACGACAAGAUUCGAAGGACAGAUCCAUGAUGGUGAUUUCUCAGGUGAUUUUUCAAGGCGGUCUUUUGUUUUAGUUGACUUUUAGACAGAACCACAUCGACUUAAAACAAAUACUGUCCGCACUCUCUGCAAAGCAGCAAUCCUGACACCAAUUAAAUGGCAAAUGAGCUGUACUUUCAUAAUGCUUUUAUAGUGCAAAGUGCACUUUAAAACUACAAAUUGCAUUAGCCCAUUUAUACACUGAGGGCAGAGUGCUGUAAGUGCCCACCAGUAUCAACUACUCUGAUUUUUUCGGCUUUUACACACUGGUGCCUGUGCCAUCAGGAACAAUUAGAGAGUUGGGAAUAGAACCAACAACCUUCCAACUGUGAGGUUCAUGAUCCCACUAUUCAAACACUGUCCAUCAUUUUGCAUCCACGCUGGUGUAAAGUUGACUUUUUAAAAUGGGACCUAAUAGCAAUUGACUCGCUCUUGUAUCAAGCCUUCAGUGGCCACUCAAGGAAUUGCACAUUUUUGGGUGCUUUUUUGUCAAGCCCUAGAAGUCGCAGCUGAUGGACCUUGGAGAGCUGACCGAUGUGCUAUAAAAGUGAAGGAGCAAGAAUCUCAGAAGUAGAUCAGCGAGUGGAGAAAAACCACUUCCCAGUUGGUUGGAAAAUGUGCUGUUUUGAUUCCCCAGCUGUCAGCGGGGACCACUUGGUGUCAUUAGACAGAGUGCUCCCAUCUCGGGACAGGACACUGACAUGCCUGGUCGCUUCCUGCUUCCUGUCAAAGGACGGCUGCAGGGGAAACGGCAGGACUGCUGGGGGAGGAUAAGGCCUGAGGCAGGAAGCGUAAAGCUGAGACAGCCUCCAGUCAGUCAUGCCCAGUCACCUUUCAAUUUCCCCCUGAGGCUUUGACCUCCUGGGCAUGACUGUGUGUGUUUGCGUGGUUGUUUGGAAACCAGGAAGUCAGCAAUCAUUGGUCACACAUGUGACUAUUUAAUGACUCUUUCUUGUUGGUGUUGUUUUUGUUUGUUUUUAUGAGUAGGGCUGCAACCGUUUGAUUUUAUUUUUAACUUUUUCAAAGUCAGGAAAAAUUUUGAAAUACCCUCACAGUUUCCAACAUUCCCAGCUGUCCUCAAACGUCUUUUUUUGUCCGACUGUAAACCCACAACAACAAAAUGUUUGAUUCACAACCCAACAUUUGGAUCCUAAUUUGAAAAUGUGACUCCAAUUGUGUCUCUUGUUUUGCAGCUUCACUUCAUAUGAUGUAAUUAUCUCAAUUACUCCUGUCUAUUUUUACCCUGUUUUCUACAGCUCUGCAGUUUUAACUCUCGCUCUCUGUCCCAAAUCAGCCUUCCUUCCUUCCUUUCUUUUAUUGCAGGUUUUUUUUGUGUUAAUUUGGUGAUUUAUGAGUCUCCUGGCUGCUCUCUAAUCUGCAAGGCCACGAUCAAUCAAAAGGCCUGUUUCAUUUCUUCCUGAGCCCAGAUCCAAAUGUGAUACUAUUUUAUCAUUUUUCAACAUUUUUCCAGCCUCGCUCGUAUAUUAAAGUGGUCAACAGCUAUAAAUCAAAACAUGAAUGCUUUAAAUUAUUUGACAGUAUGUGUUUUAACCUUUUACAGUCAGGUAUGCUGAAGAAAAUGUAUGAACUCAGGAGUGUCUUUUUUUUACCCAUAUUGUGGUCCAGUUUGAGGUUGGUCAAUGUAAGGAUGCCUAGCCCAGGUUCACACUUGGAAGAAUGGAAGGUCCACACGAAGGGGUCAGUUUGACAAGCUUUACUGGUUGCAGAUCUGGGUUACAGCUUCAUCACGCCACAAGUUUAACAAAGAGUGGUCUAAGACCGUUUAAGUAUGUAUAGCGGUCCACAACUCUUAACAUACUGUCGAUAUUUAGUUGACCCUAAGAGAAAUCCAUGUACGGUAAAAACAAAGGACAACAUAUUUUGAAAAGCCUUAGGUGAACAUGUGGAAGGUCCCAAGAAGGAAAUACCAUAGCAAAACAUACUUUGGGGACCUACAUGAUGUAAAUAAUGUGUACAGGGUUGCUCCGUCAGGGAUGGUUGUCGGAGGCCCCCGGCUCCAGCAAUCUAACACCAAAGUGUCUGGGGUAUUUGAGUGACACAGCUCCAAGACUCUAAAGGCUAAUAUGACUGGCUAAAGAAACCCAUCCUAACAAUCAAUGUCUUUCAGGCCCUGUUGGUGUCUCUACUAUUACUGAAAACAGGACACACAAUCACUCUGCGUAGAGGACUGCCUCUUUGAUUCUAUCAGUGGAUCUAAUUUUAGGGGAAAUAUGUUAAAAAUACUAAAAGUGCUUUUAUUUUCUCCUAUCCUUGAUUGAAGAGGUUUUUUAUCAUUGACUUUCAAGCACAUUUCUGCCCUUGUUGCUCAUUCUGGUCACGAAAUCCUUUCCCUGCUGAGGCACCACGCGUGAUCACCGCCCUUCACCUCCUCUUAAGUCAGCCCUUGACCUCCCUGGCUCCGUCUCUGUCAGGCCUCCUCUUAAAAGCAUUCUGACACAGACAUGUUGACUUUCUCAGCACAAACGGUCCUUCAAGACAGACGUUUCUCUGUCAAAUAUCACGCCAUGAAACGAACGAGUGUACUUUGUUAUUUGCUGCUUUUUCUCAACGCCAUUUAAUAAAUCAACCAUGUGAAUCACAUUGAGAGACGAACGGCUGCAGAUGUUUUGGCAUUGUCACAUCGCUAAUCCCCCCCUGGGUUGAACUGCAGCUUUCCAUUGGUUCCUGGUGGAUAAAAACAAUCCUUUGACUAUAUUCAAUAGUUGUCGGCCUCUUGGAAAGCAGGGUUUGGAUGCAUUCUUGCUUGUUGCCAAGGCUUUGCAGAGUCUGCGUGCCAAGACAGCUACUUUAUUGAUUUUUUUCUUCCAUAAAGCUGUGAGAUAACAGCUUUAACACACAAUCUCUCCAAGUUUAGUCACAUUUAGCACUGAAAUCCUGCCAGUGUCGAUAUUCAUCGUUUAUCCUCUCUAAUAUUGUUUGGAUGCGGACUAAAUAUUCGAAAACAAGCAAGAAAAAAAUCCUUUACUGAACCAGAUUAAGAACAUUUUGCAAACAAACCAUCUGUGUGUGUUUUUUUUUAAUGUUACAACUUAAUGUUUAAUUAGGUAUGGAUUAUGGGUGAUCUUGGGUGGCGGUGCCAGCUGCUCUCACCAUGAGCGCCACAAAAGUCAAUCUGUCACCUCAGCUUCUGUUUGGUGCUCUUCAUCCUCGACAGAAAACCUCUGAAUAAUUACAGAUUUCCUUCGGAGGCGUCAAACUGCAGGCCGACUCCGGUCAUGUGACAGGGCUGGGUUUGAUUUGUAGCUAAAGACACAUUAGAGAGGAAAUGCAGCUUGUUUGCAAAUGUGUUUGAGUGGAUGACUUGCAGGAAAGCACAACGUUUUAAACCAAUUAGAGUGGAGUUUCCUGUGAGAAGAAAAUGAAUUACUUCCUCUCAGCUUGGGAAACACUCACUUAUAUGUCCUUAUUUGUACUGUAAGACUUUGAAUUUAUUCACCCCUAUUUUUUAUUUGGAAGAAGCAGAAAACAAAGACCGUCUUCUAUCAUUUUCCAACUUUCUCAUGCUCCGUAUCUUCACCUGUAAGGAUAGAGUUCAAGCUUGAUGACUACCAAUUUAGCUUAAACGAGCUUCUCCAGGAGAGCUCUGUUUCAUCAUUCAGGCAUGUCUUCAGACUGCUUGAGGGUUUAUUAUAGUAAUUACAAAGAUACUAUCGAACACAGAGACAAUAUUGGUUAAAAGAUAAUGGUAGUAUUAAAAUUCCAUUUUGGCAUAAGCUUGUUUGUGUCACUUUUUAGCCAAACAGACGCCGGGUUUAAUAAUGAGCCAGCACAGGGGGGGGAACCAGGCAGUCUGUUCCCAUGUGCAGGGGGGAUCAAAGGGCUCGUCCCUGGCAGAAAAGGCCCUGCAGCGACUAACUACCGCCGCCGUAAUUGGGGAAGAGCUAUGUAAAACUGUCCAGGGGGGGCAAGGACAGCUUAAUUAUGUUGUGAAAUUUAAUUAGCCGACUGUUGUGUGUUUGUGCUUCUGCUCUUAACCGCAUGACCUUGGCGUAAUGGUGGUUUUGCUGGUGUUUAUCAUCUGUUAUGGGAAAACAUGGCAGAGUUAUUGUUCCCUUACCUCUGGUUAGGAUGGGAUGGAUAAGAACUGUGAGUGCUGUCAGAAUAUAUUAUAAUGAGAACGUACGGGCUCACAUUUAAAAGCACUUCGCUGAGACAGGUGAUUUUUUUUUGUGUGUGGGGGGGCGCUUUUGUUCUUUGUGCGCCCCUUUUUCUGAAUUAAUCAGUCUCCUAAUUGUCCCAGCUUUUCCUUUUGUAAUUAAAAUUAAAUACAGUGUCUCACAGAUAGAUGUCGUCCAGUGUGACGGGUAAUUUUCAUGUCGCUCAAAAAGAGCCGUCAGGUUAUUAAGCUCACAGGGAAAUGCCGAGUGAAGCAGAUGUGCAGGUCCUGCGCCUGUAAAGUCCCCUUUUCUCUCAGAAAAUGACAAUCUUUGUCUCACUUAAUCACCUAUAGAUGUAGAGUUUAAUCAGGGGAAUUCUGCUGGUAAAUAACUGAUAGAAACUCAUUUACAUUGAGUGUUUCAUCAAGAAUUAUCACUCGAUUUAAAAUACACUUUGGACCGAUAGAAAUUGGGGUCAAAUUAUAUCGGGUGUUUUAUUGAUAGCAGCUAAUGUGGUAAGAACUAUGGAUUAGUCUGUUUCAUUAAUUAAAUGUGGGUCAGUUGUGAUACAGUUUCAUUUACUGUGAGCUUUGAGAACUCUUUAGGAAAGACUGCAGGUUAAAAUGGUACCUGUGCAGUUUAUAGUUUAAGUAUUGUGAAUUGUUGACAUGUUAAAAUCUUACAGCAACGCCAGCAUUAGAAUUUACUCAAGACAUUUGAAAAUGACAUUUCUUACAUUAAUUACUCAAGAAAUUUGGAUUAUUUAUCAAAUGAUUAACUUAAAAAAGGCUCUUUAACAGUUUCUCUAAUAAGAGCGGUAAUAAGAUGUUUCAUUGAGGUGACUAAAGAAGUCAGAAAGUCUGCUAUAGCUUUCUUUAGUUAUUUAUCGUAAAAAUAUGCUGCAGUGAAAGAGCUGACUUACUUUAUGAGAGUUUCUACUCAACAAAGAUGGAAGCACUUUUGGUUCCUGUUGAAGGGCUGGUUUUAAUUCACCUCAGUAAUAUUUUGAACUUAAUCAUAGAAAUAUUAACUAAUAUUAGCUAUUGUAUAGUUAAAAAAAUAAAAUAUGAUAGCGUACAAUCUCCUCAUCCUAACCUAUCCUGUCAUACUACAUCCUAGUAAUCAUAUAAAAUGAUCAUUGUAUCGUUUUGAAUCGUGAUUAUAUCAUAACACAUUUUAUCGUAACAUAUCAUAUCGUGUGGGAUGUUAUCGUUAUUCCUACCGUUAUCGUCGUCAUUAUUGUGUCAUAUUGUACUGUGUCACUUUGUAUUGUUUAACCAAAUCGUAUCAUCAGUAUCAUUAUUGCAACAAUUUUUUUGUCGUAUCGUCACUUCAAUUGUUAUCGUAAUCUAUUGUAUCUUAUUGUAUCAUAUUUUACUGUUUGGUGUCGUAUCCUAGCAUUAUAUAUCAUAUCAUAUGGUAUUGUUAUCUCUUAAUAUUGAUGAAUAUCUUAAAUGAACUUGUGUUCAGGUUGUAAAAGGCUGUAACUUUAUUCAUGGAUGUUGGAUGUACUGGAUUUACUUUGUUAUAAAUCUUCCUGAGCCGAGCGAUGAAAGCUUGAAGAUUGCUCUUCUGUAUGCAGAUUGUGUAUCGUGUUACAUUUUCCUUGUUCGCUUUUUCGUUCAGCAGAUUGAUGACUAACUGGUGCAAGGUUCACACUGGCACUGCUUUGUCUUGUAAGGCUGCUUAAGACUAAAAAUAGCGGUGCAUUAUUAAAUGAGUAACCACUGAUUGUUGUGACCAUGAUUUACAGCGUCUGUGAAGUGUUUCUAUUCAUGUUGGUCAUUAUUUAAACCCUGUGGUGCUUUGAACUCUGAGCACUUAUUUCUAAAACUGUGAGAAAAUGAGAUCGAUAACUCGCUGUAACAAUAGUUCAGUGGCAGUGUUUAUCUUUGUAUAAUUUAAAGGUUUCAUUGUGAAGUAUUAAUCAUAAUACACUGUCUGAACAUGUGAAAAAAAUGAUAUUUUUCUGCACUUGUUAGCGAGCACAAAGGCUUUGCCGCAGCAGUGGUGAAAUAAUGAUUUAUGCCACAUUCAGGUCAAGCGCUGUAUCUUCAGCACUCUGUCUCCAUUAGCUUUAUGGAGUAUACAUGCUUUGAAUUACAGAGCAAAUAUUGUUCUUAUGUGCUUAAAUUCUUCAAGUUUGCUGGAGCAAGAAAUCAAAGCCUUUAAAAAGGAUCCUUGCCGUCUUUUGAUGUGAAUGUUUCCAGUAUGUUCUUUUAGGAUGAACACAUUUUUGAAGCCCUCUCUCCUCCUCUUUUCUCAGGCGCUGGACCAGGAUCGAACCUCCUUACAGAAGGUGAAGAAAUCAGUGAAGGCCAUCUACAGUUCAGGGCAAGGUGAGACCGUCUGUUUCUAAAUUCAUCGUGUAUAAAUUUGCACCAGCUGAUCACUGAGUGUGCUUAGAACCGUUUCCAAAAAAAUCCCCGGAGGAAAGUCCAGGAUUUCUCGAGUGUCUUAAAAAAAUAAAAGGAUUGCUUUCUUGUCUGGAACAUUGCCUUUUGUUGGACAGAUGGUGUUUUGUGCGUGUGUGUAUUGAGGCUGUCCCAGAAACCAACACCUGAGUUUGUUUUGCUUGCCGCUGUGACAUGGAUCCUCAGUAAUUUUCCACUGAAUACUUCAGAGAGCGGCCUCCUCCCUGAAAAUUGACAGUUUCAGAUGUUUGUCCCACGGGGGCAGUUUGUUUGGGCUCGGAAAAGGCACAAAGUGUCACUCCUAUUGUCAUUUUUGGGAGGAGAAAAGCCUCAAAACAACUUUUAAUAGACGAAUGUUGUAUUUUUGACUAAAUCUGGUGCAGUGUUGUUUAAAAUAUUCUAUCAACGUCAUCGUCAACGUAAACAACACUGGUUGUUUUCAUUGACAAUAUAUUUUCGUCAGCGAAAACAACCAGUGUUUUUUUCCACGAGGAAGACGUGACGUUGACAAGCUAAACAUAAGUCUUAGAUGACUAAAACGUGACGAGACGAAUGUGCGUUUACGUUGACGAGACUAGACGAAAACGUUAGUGGUGGAUAACGAACAUAGUUGCAAAGUUCAUGAGCAUUUCGUCAGUCAAGCGCUAAAUAUAUAUUAUGCAGUGUUGUUUUCGUUGACAAUGACAUUGACGAAAUAUUUUUGUCAACGUCAUCAUCAAUGAAAACAACACUGAUCUGGUGAGUGACACAUGGUACUGUGUAAAUGACGUUAUAGCAAGACUACAGCUUGAUUUGGCGGCCCCUGUGGUUACUGGUGGUAACUACAAGUCCACAAAAGCAAAAACCUUAGAAAUACAGACAUGAGAGCAGCCAAAAAAAAUGCACAUAUUUCUAAGUAGCUUCCACUCAAUGAGACAAAGACAUGUAAAAUUAAACGCCCUCUGAAAACUGCACUCCUCCUCCCCUAAAGGAAGGGAAGGUACUUUUAUUUUGAUGAGGCAGCAGUUAGAAGGAGACAUAAACAGAUUAGAUUACAAUAAACAAAGCAGGAUUACAUUCAGCAUGAGUUUCUGUGAAUCCCUCCUGAGAAAAGGGCCAUUCUGAAGAAAUGCAAAAGUACAGAUAGAUUGAAUUAUUAAUGGAGUGACAUGAAACAUGAAAAUAUUAAGUACAAGGAAGAGGGCGUUCAAUCAGAGCGGGUUAAUUUACAUUCUCCUCACACAAAAGUCUUUUUAAUUGCCAAAUGAAGCACCAGCGUACUGGAAAAGAUGUUAUUUUGCUUUUGAAAGGCUCAAUGCACCUGUCAAAAAUAAUUUGAAAAGACUUCAGUAAUAAGAAUUAAAACGACAUGUUGUUAUUUUCCUCCAUGGAAACUGCAGCCCCUUAUUGAACGGAGUCCCAGUUUUUUCAAAUUCAAAAUAGCUGUCACAGGAAAAAACUCCACAGGGAGCUGGUCCCACCUGACCUUCUUCUCGGGGCUCGUCUUCAGCCCAGGCAGCAGACUAAACAUCACCCCGUCCACUCCCCCUCCGUGUCUCACUUAAUGACGAGGACAGAUGAACGCUGCAGGUUGACUGACGGCUCCCGCAGAGUCUCACAGACGUGGAGAACUACAUGCUGACAGAAGCUGUAUAUUAAGAUGACUUACUGUAGUCCAAAACGGGAGUCUCUUUGCAGCUGUUAUUGAUUCUCAUUUGCUGAAAUGUUAAAUUGCAGGAUCUCUCUAAUCUGUGUAAUUACUGAGCAUCAGCAGGAGAUCUUUAGUGAUUUAAAACCCUGUUUGAUUCAGGUGUUUGUCUCAGCAGGUGUGAAGAAUAUGUGCUGAAAACCUUUUCUUUUCCUCUUCACUUUAAAUUCUUAUUGCAAAGAGUUUCCCUCUGCGUUGGUACGCCUACAUUCUGAUCAUUCCUGUUGGAAUUAUAAAGCUCAAUGCUAUCUGAAUUGAGCAAACUUCACUUAUCUUUGUGAAGAUUUUCAGGCAUGUAGUUCACGGGACGUCCUACAUAUGUAUUUGUAUUUAAGGGUGCGAAGUUGAGAGUCCUUGUAGACUUUUUGGCUACCAUGUAAGAAAGCUCCUCUUCUAUUUUGACUGUCCUGUUGACAAUUUAAAAGUCCACCCUGUUGAUGAAGUAUUGCACUCAUAAAACACUGAAUGUAGUCUGAAACCUAAUGUAUAAGGCAGUUUGGAGUCUGGACUCUUUUAAAGCAUUUCAAAUGGAAAGCCAGCUGUAAGAGCUGGAAAUGUUACUAAACUCAGGAUGUUGAAAACAUAAUGAUACACUUGAGAAUUGUGAUAUCAUGUUUUAUGAUACUUUAUAGAUUCCCACAAAACUUUAUCUACUUUUGAUUUAAAGGGAAGAUUUGUCAAAAAAAGAAAGUUCAGUGUUGCUGUCUGUCUUCAGAUAUUUAACCUUCAACUCCAACAGAAAAUGGUUUCAAGAAGUGAGCACAUGUUGGAGCAUUCUAAGAAAGCACACAUGCUAGGUAAACUAAAAGUCAUAUAAAGUUUGCCUCAACAGUUUAAUUGACUAUUUUGAUGUAGUUAACUUAGAAUAGGCUUCUCAUAACUACAUUAAAGCAGAUCCCCUUCUAUGGAGGCUAACAUCUUAGACAGUUGUUUCACAUAAGGGACAAAUUAAUAACAAACACACUUUUGUAAUCAGGGAGUAGUUGCUUAAAAUUCAGGUUAGAAGAAAAAGAAUACAUGGUAACACUUUAUAAUAACAAUCUAUUAUAAUUAGUUAAAAGAUAAUUAAUAAACUUUUAAUUAAUGAGUUGUAAAUGACUUGUUAAGAGUUUGUAAACAGUUUGUGAACAACAUACCUUAUAAAUUAGUAAUAGAUCAUAAACAAGCUAUUAGUAAAUAACUGACUAAUGACUUGUUAAGUAUCAGUUAAUGGUUUAUAUUUGUUAUUGUAAAAUUGCAACUAUUCCUCAUUUAUUAACUGUUAGUAAAUGAGGAAUAGUAACAACUGAAAGAUGUCCCGGUAACAUAUACAAACUAUUAACAGAUACUUAACAAGUCAUUUAUAAGUAAUAAGUAAUUUACUAAUAGCUUGUUCAUGAUCUAUUACUAAUUUAUAAGGUUUUGAUAUAAAUCAUUUACAUACAGUUAAUAAGUCAUUUAUAACUUAUAAAUUAACUGUUUAUUAAUGAUAUAUUAACUAUCUUUAAGGCAUCGUUAUAAAUCCUUAACAAACUGUUAACAAACACUUAACAAGUCAUUAAUAUUCAUUAAUUAACAGUUUACUAAUGAUCUAUUAACUAGUUAUAAGGGAUAGUUAUUAUAAAGUGUUUGUGCCCCCAAAAAAGUUGUCAAAUCUUGACUAAUAGAGGAUCAGUCUGAUCGUGCACAAGGGAGACUUUUUGUCCUCUGAGGCUUCUGUUAUGUCACCUGUGAGAGGGGUGAGCAAACGGAGUGCUUUAAUCUGGAAUCUAACCUUAAAACAGUACUUAAUGUUUCUAUUAUUAGAGUCUUAUCAAAGCCUUGGUAAGAAAGUUAUGAAGAUCUGACUUGUUAGUUGUUGAUGCUAAGCUCCUAUCAAGGGCUACAAACACACUGUUCUGACUUGCUAACCUUCAAAUCUCCCCAGGGUUUUAAAAAUAUAUAAUUUUUCCUCAGAGGGACUUCAUGACUCUGCAGACACUGAAGGCUUCCUCUAAUUCUCAACACAUGCUUAAAAUGCUAAUCAUCACCAAGACUCUGAACUGACCAGCAGUUUGUCUGUGUUUUCUGUCUCCUUCACAGACCACGUCCAGAAUGAAGAGAACUACGCUCAGGCUCUGGACAAAUUCGGCAGCAACUUUAUUAGCCGGGACAACCCUGACCUGGGGACGGCCUUCGUCAAAUUCUCCUCUCUGACGAAGGAGCUGUCUGCCCUCUUGAAGAACCUGGUGAGUCCAGGAUGUCGACACUUAUACACUUCAGAUGUCACUGUAAUGAACAGCUCCUCCUGCAGCAGAGUGCUCCUUUAUUAAAGUUUGUCUGUCUUCACGUGGAUAGUAUGAGGAAAGUUCCUCUCUACGUCUCCUCUGUAAGUGGUUUAGGAUUUGGGUUUAAGGUUAAGAUUAGGAUUACUUUAGGGUGAAGGGUUGAGGAUCGCAGAGACGGCCUGUAGUAACCCCUAAAAAUAUAUAGAUAGAGAUGUUAAGCCCCAGCUGAGGAUGAUAUGUUCAUCAGUCUCUUGUGUAAAACUGUUUAUAGUUUCCCUUCACAGUCUGAACCGUCAUCUCAGACAGACAGUGGAGCUGACUUUAGCUAUAUUGCUUUUUUCCCCCUGGUUGUGGCUCUUAUCUGCCCGUCGUGGAUUUCCCCUGAUGUUUCUGUUGAAUAAUGUGUCCUGUUUGGAUCCUCUGUGAGUGAUUGUUGUUGGAAGAAGAGCCAGUCCUCUCUCUCUCGCUCUCUCCCUCUCUUCCUGUGCGGCUGACAGCGAGAUUAGACUCCAUAAAUACACUUGGCAGCACCAGGAACAUCUCUAUGUGUGCUUUUGUAUGUGUGUGUUUGAAAACCUUCUCAAACCACCCACCUGUUUGCUUUACCUGCACAUUGCAGGAAAAUGAAGUUAUCUCCUCUCUUGGUUUCUCUUUUUCCCCUCUCUUGACUCGUGUCUUUGCCAUUUUUAAUGUUUAAUUGAGUGAGUUUUUUUAGACUUCAAUAACUGCACCCCGAGGGCUGCUGGUGUGUGCAUGUACUACAAAUGAGAAUUGAUGAAUAGCGCUUGUCCUAGAUGUCCUACAUGUGUUAUCGGCUUAAAUGCUAGGAUUUUACAGACACAUUUAGCAAGAUUUUUGCCUUUUUCUCGCCUCUAUCUGCCUUUUUUCUGUCAACAAAGAGAAAGUUACGAGAGAGAGUGGCGGAUACCAGGAUGAGCCCUUAGAGCUCACAGGCAGCCGGCCAGAAGACGAUUGAUCCCGACUUUGGCCAUAUGCAAGACAGGCACUUAAGAAGCACAUUAGCCCCCAUUAAGUGUUGUUUACUUCCUUGACCGCUGCAGUGUGUCUGUGUGGACUUGGCGAACAACAACAGGGUCUUAAAUGCUUAGUACUGUUGUAAAUGACCUUGCUGAUCCUGGUGGUUAGAGCUGCUGAGCAUGACUGUAGCAACAUGAGCUGCAGGCUGUGCAGGCUUUUGCUAAUUCCCCAAUAGACUAACCUGCACCGGGGUGGAUUUUGCAACACUUCUGCUAUUUUGUUGCAGAGUUUUUGUAGUCAGCAGCUGCAUGAGAUGGUUGGUGCAUUGCACUGCAGUUUUAAAGAUGAAGUCCGAUAAACGGAGAGAAACCAGCUGUGCAUUUUUAAAGUUUACCUCUCCCCCUUUUCUGCACUCGCCUGACCUGUUAGUUCACAAUGAGGAAAAAGUUCUAUAAUGCAGAAUCAGUUAAAACUAUGAUUCAACAACAGAUCAAAUUACUAUUACAACCAAGACCAACUCUUUAGUUUCACUUUCAUGCAGCACUUCAGCUUCUCUCAGCUUGUUACUUCAGUUGAACAGCCUCUUACUUUGCAGUGUGGUUCUCCUUUUUCUGCUCUCGACAUCAGCAGUGCUUAGCUGACUUGGAAUUUCCAGCAAUUAAAGAGACAGAUACUUACCUCAUGGGUCAGUGAACACCAAAUACAGAGCCGAACAGACUGAAGAUUGCUGUAAUUUCACCAAAUUAAAUGCUAAUGCUGCUUCAUGGAUGAUAGAUUUAUAAAUAUGCAACACACAUGAGACAGAUUGGCAACACCUUUGUCAUUUCACCUCCAUGAACUGAUUAUAUGUCAGUGUUGGGUUUACAGCUUGCAUCACAGGCUCCAAAUUGAGAUUGAUUUAAAAGCAGGUCAAUAUGUAUUAAUCUUAUAUUAUUAAAAUGGGUGGGUGAUUCCAGAGGAGAGAGGGAUUUCAAGGCUCUACCUCCCGUACUACUUUUUAGAUACCAAAAACAGGCUUGCAUUUUGGAUUUACAGGAGCAGAGCAGAGGAAACACACUUAAAAGUUAGUUUUACAGUCAGUUCAUCAUUGGUUUGUGUCUUUUUAUUAGAUGUCCUCACAGAUAGGGCUGGGCGACAAACCAAAAAUUUACAGAUAGCGAAAUUUACGACAAUAACUGAUGUGAUUUUUUCCCAUGUCAGUAUAUUCGGUGUAAAUAAAUAAAAGUUAGUCUUAGAUGUGUGUAGGUAGGCUAUGGUCUCAUGUCCCUUUAAGAUGCUGUCCUACGUCAGAGACAUGACUCCACCCCAUCCAGUCCAUAACAAAGAGGUAAAGACAGGUGAGGAGAUGGAGGACGGUUCAAAAGCUGUAGCAGCGGCUGAAGUAGACAAAGUUAAUGUUGGAGGGGUUGAGCAGCUUGUGGAGUAGUUAUCGUCCAUUUAUCGAGGUGAACUGCUCAAUAUAUCGUGAUAUUGAUUUGAGGCCAUAUCGCCCAGCCCUACUCACAGAAUAUAAAAAUCUGCCCCUUCAUUAGCUUGUUUCCUGGUGACAACAGCAACAUAAUCUCUCUGUCUUCCCCCCUCUUCUCUUCCAGCUCCAGAGCCUCAGCCACAACGUGAUCUUCACUCUGGAUUCGCUGCUGAAGGGCGAUUUGAAAGGCGUGAAGGGGGUAAGAUUUACUGUAAAACACUCACUCUUCCAGACAUUUUCUAUCUCUCUCUAUCUUCUCUAUCAUCUCUUCCGGCGCUCUUUAGCCGCACAGCUCAGCAGCGGGAUGAAGGUAUUAAAUGCCUCGUCAGCACAUCUCGUUAAUAAUCUCUCAACUUCUGCACAUGUCGGGAGUAAUGUGAUACGAGCGCAGAGAGACGGGGCAGAGCUCUCUGUUUAGAAGAUCGCUCUGUAAAUCUCGCAGGAGUAAACACUGCCUUUGUGUUCGGCUCGAGGCCUGGAGUGAGUAACUGGGUCAUGAACUCCUCGUGUUUGGGGGUACGAGGAGGGGCGUGGUGCUUGCUGGGCAUAAAUCUUGAGGGGAGUGCUGACACAAAGUUCUGUAAAUGACCCCGCCCCCAAGGUGACCGCGUCGUAGUUGUAGUCAGCUGAUGCGUCUUUUUCUUCUGUGUUCCUGCAGGACAUAAAGAAGCCGUUUGACAAAGCAUGGAAGGACUACGAAGCUAAGUUGUAAGUAGAAAAUCUAAAUUUGCUGUUGAAAUACUUCAUACUUGAUACUUAGGUGACAUUUGAGAUGCAAAAACGGUGUAAAAACCUGUUCCUGUAACUGCCUUUUCUUUUGUUUUCAGUACAAAGAUCGAGAAGGAGAAGCGAGAGCACGCCAAGCAGCACGGGAUGAUCCGCACAGAGAUCACCGGGGCUGAGAUCGCCGAGGAGAUGGAGAAAGAACGACGUCUCUUCCAGCUCCAAAUGUGCGAGGUAUGUUUGCGGAAAAAAAGCUUGAGGAUGUUUUUUGUUUGAUGUAAUAAAGCAGUGCAGCAGCCUCACAGUAAACCAGAUCCUCUUACUGACCGGUCACAGAUCCUCUCACUCUAUUUGACGUCAUAUGAAUCUUUUGUGCGUCAGUCUCGUAAUGAACCACUUGAGUCAAAACGUCACAUUCAUCUUGUGUUAAGUUGACACACGGCGUUUGUAAUCCGUCAAACAGCCGCCUUGUUCAGUUCACGGAGUAUCUCAACUCUGCUCAACCUUUGAGCAACAAAUAAUCAUCUUCAUCUGAUGUUGUCCUCGGGGAAACUGUACAUCAAAGUGCUCAGAUUACUUUUUGUUUUUGUCGCAGUGUUUUGGAUUUGAUUUACUCUCUUUUUUUAUUAAUUUUGGUUUAUUUUUACUCUUUUUCUCCACUCUUUAUCCCCUUUCCACAUCUCCCCUUUUUCAAUCUGUACUACCCCCUGAUCCCUUAGAUUAUUGAUUUAAUAUCGUCAUGUUUUAAUCCUCAGUCUUGCUUUUUAUGUCCAUCUCAUACACAGAUAAACACACACACAUACGCCAGAACAAACGGUGGAAGUGGUUUUUUGUAGGGCAGUAUUUGUGUGCCACGAAUAUGUCAUUUUCAGCUUGUUUUUUUGGGGGCUUACUGGGUGUUGCUUUGUUCUUGUUAUCUAAGAAUGAAUCAAGGAGCAUUUGUACUAUAUAUUGUUGGUAUUUUAUGAUGAAAUAUCCUGUCCCGCUUAUCGCCACUGCCGACUUUACAACAGCGGUGACUGCCUUCGGUGUGUGAAUGUGGUGUAAAUGAGUGAAUACAGUCAGAAGACAAUAUAAACAUCGUUCAUUUACUAAGUAACAGACAAAACGCUGAAGUUUAGCAGUAACAUCAUGACUAUCUCUGUCAGUCAGCUUAGCUACCGCCCUCCUGAUUUAUGUAUAACUUUUGGUGCAAUCGAAAACAGCGUUUGAGCUUUUGCUUCUUUGGGUUGAACAUUUAUACUUUCUGUCUUCGUAAGUGUUUAUAUUCAGUCUGGUGAGUUACGAUACUUCAAAAUAAAAGCAUAGCUUGACAGCGCAGGAAAUAAAGCAACCUAAAAAUGACAAAGCAAAAUAUCAAAAAAAAAAAAAAAAAGACAAAAAUUAUAUAUGAGGCAGUGUCAUCUCUGUGGAAGUUUCAGUCCAUGGGCUGGUGAUAAUGACAUGCAAGGUAGUUAUGUUUAUUAGUUAAGUUCAUAAAGUAGCCCAGCUGAUCUGUCCCUCCAUCUUGAGUAGCCUUCCCUUACUUUAACAGAUUAUGUUGUUUCCUUUUUAAGUUUUCCAUAAAUAUCACAAUAAUAAUGUUGCAGAGAUAUUUUAUGACCAUGAUGAUUCAACUAUAAAUAUGUUAAUUUCUGCUGCAAAAAUGUGCCUGAUAGAUAAUAUUUUAGCCAUCUGUAGCUGGACACUGAAGGAGCUGAGGCCUUUUUUGUUUGUUGAAACGUUUUUAAUACUCACACUUGGUCUUAAUAUUAAAUAAAAGAAUAAAGGUUUAAAAACAAGCUGAAAAAGCCCUCAUCUUCAUCAUCUUGCCUGUCAUGUUUUCUUGUAUGAGCGCCUGAUAAGCCUUCAAACUCCUGCAUCCAUCUCCAGAACUGCCCUUCCUGGAUGGUUCUUCAUGUUCUCAUUGGCACCUGUAGAAACACAGCUCCACCUACACGCUGCUAUUUUCAGUUUAAACACCCACUUAUUAAAAUCCUCCUGCAUGUGGAGUCUUUUUUAUUGGCUCCAUUUAAAGCAGAUUUGAAGCUUGAGUUCACUUUUUGCUCUGAGAUGAUUUUAAUAUUUAAUAGAAUAGAUUAAACACUCGUGCAGCUUCAUGUGUAGGGAUCGCAGUAGGCCCUUGGGUACUGCUGAGCCUGUAUUAUCUCAUAAUUAACGUCUGAAAUGAACCAUUCUUGAUGUUUGAGUUAAACUGGUGCAAAUGGUUAAGAUUCAAACAUAUGACACCGGAAAAGCUGGGUAUUUAAGCUGCUUCGUAGUCCUCCAGAAGAAUCAGACAGUCUCUCUUUAAUUGAAGGGUCUGGUUUUGGGAACUUGUUUGCUUUGAAGCAUCCUGUGACACAUUUUGAAUCCUCGUCGGUAUUUAUGCUCACAGGCCGCACUUAAAGGAAUCUGACAGCGAGCAUGAAGUGUAGAACAAAUGUGAGCUCUUGAUGUGCCCAGGAGAGUCAGAACAAACUGUUAGAGCUCACUCCGCUUUGCCAAAAACCUCUCUGGUGGUGGGUGGCGACGCCUACGCCUUGUUCACUGUUUUAUCCUGUUAGGAUUUUAUACUCACGUUACAUAAUGGACCGAUGGCUGUUGCGCUGCUGUUAGCUGUGUGAAUUAUUCACUACAAAAAAACUCGCUGCAGUCCUUUUGUGCCCUCUGCCUUUGUGACUCACAGGUGUUUCCUUGCCCACAUUUUGUGUUCUGACUUUUUUACUGUGCAGUUACAGAUGAGAAGGACAGAAUUGAAUAACUUGUUAUUCAUCAGCAUGUAAUCUUUCCUAACAUAAAUAAGCUGAAGGGAUGUUAUUACAGCUAUUCGACAUAUGCAAACACUUAUGUUAGCUUAAAUGCUAGGCCUUACUCAGAGGAAGUAGUGAUACCAGUUAAGCACAAGCAUCACAGUGUAUUUGUUAGUAUACUGCUUGAAGUCUUUACCUUUAGAUCACUUUGGGAUCUACUAGCUGUCGCUCUGAGGAUGCUGUUGCUAACUAGCUUAGCAGAUUCUUGUCAACAUUGGGCCUUUUUUAGACUGCUAGCCUCUCCAGAUGUUGUUAAGGAAUGUAUGAAGUCCCAUUUUUAUAACUGUGACAUAACUUUCUUUUACUAGAGCAAAGUUGUGAAGGAUUAAAACAGCUGUUUUUUUAUUUUAUUUUAUUGCUUUUAGCAAGUUAGCCCUAUAGGAAGAAUGUGCUAUUAGCGAGUAGAAGUUCUCACAUGCUGGCGAUGGGCACGACAGUUCUUUUAGAUGUAGUGAAUCACUAGAAUCACUAGAAUCAGUUCAUUAAAAAGAUUCGUUCAAAAGAUUCGUUCACCAAAUCACGUAGCGCUUGUCGGGAGAAGCCUGCGACUCCGACCUCCUAAACUGAACGUUCAGUAUUCAGUUCAAUUUAUAGCUUUUGGGACCGGGAGACACGAGUGUUUGGCUGUGUUGCUUUGGCAAACAGGUUUGUAAAAAUGAACUUGUUUAAAAGUCAUGAUGUUUAAAGUGUACUGUCCUAUGGUGUGCUAUUUACCUGGUCUGCUCGGUAAAUUGGGCACAAUGAGUGAUUCGUUCAAUGAAUGUUUAGAAGAAUUUAAGCUGAACAUACACUAUUCCCUCGCAAACCGCUGCAAUGAUAGGAUGCUGAGGGUUUAAUGCACUCCUUGUUAUUGUAUGCAAGUAGUUGUGGUGGCAAUUUAGCAGGAAAAAGAAAAGGUAGUUUUGUCCGACAAAAAUUUGUUCAUGAUUCAUUCACCAAGUGAUUCAGGUGUCUGUGCAUGUGGUCCCUCCUUCACCAGCUGCUCAGCUGUCAGUGCUGUUUCUCACUUCAGCUCAACUGAAGUGAGAAACGAACGAAUCACUCGAGGAAGUGAUUCGGUUCAGUAUGUUCACUGAAAAGAUUCGGUUCUUUUGAAUGAAUCAUUCGCGAACGACACAACACCAUCACAUGUAGUGCUUCCAUAGGUAAAAACAACUAGGACUCGGUGGUGAUGGUGUUCUCUGAAUGUAAAAACUAUGAUAAAAAUGUUGUUUUAUUUUGACCCUCACUCUACUGUAUCUCCGUAAUAUCUCUCCUGAUAUAUAGCAAUGCUAACUUUAAGGUGGGCUCUGUUUUUGCUUUGGAAAACCGGUUAAUUCAAUCAGGUCAUUUCCUUUUUAUUUGAAUGAAAUCAGGCUUGAACCAGAACAAACAUCACAAAUUGGACUCUUCAUUACUUCAGUCAGUCCUCUCAAUAGUCGCUUCAUUGUCUGUUUUUGUAAUCCGCCUCCAGUUGGUGCAGGAUGCCAGAGAAAGUUACAGCUCCCAUGUUACAUCGUUCAUAACUUCCUCUUUCACUAACUUUCUGAAGCACAGAUUUGAUUUUACUUUCCGACUUGUCUGCAGAGCUUUGCGUGGUGCCUCUUUGGUUCAACAGUAUGAUGCUGAUUUGUGAAGGCUUUAAAAAGGAGCAUGAGUCCUCUGAACAGGUUCUGUUCGCUGUUCAAAGGUGAAACGCUCAACAAAAACCCUUUGUGGUGUUGACCGCUUCCACCUGAAACCGGCCUUACUGUAAAUAACAGCUGUAUGGCUUUGUUGGUUGGAAAAUGGCUCAAGGGUAAAAAGGCUCAUCAAUGAGACUAACUUUUACUUUACAUGAAUGAGGUAUUUUAGAGCAAAGUGGAGUUUGGGACUCAGGACAAAGGGUGAGGUUUGAAAACCAGAUAUCUUUCAGUGGACUUUUUAUGAUUUGAAGCUCCUGUGUGGACCUUUUUUUUCUCUUUUUGUUGAUCUUGUUUUGUACAUGUGAAUAUGAUGUUUUCUGACAAAUACUCUCACUCUGCAGAGAAAAAUAAAUAAAUUAGUCUUGUUUGACAUCUCUUAACCUCACCACAAUUACAGGCAGUAAAACUAAAAAGACAUAGAAAUGAUCAGUGACAGUUUUGUUUGACUUUUUUGUCAUAAAAGGCUUCACUUUUAAUUUCUGACAGUUUUACAAUCAGCUGAACUGGAGCUUUAAUGUUGCUUUGUGGAAAUACUGGAGAAGUCCAUUGUAUUAUAGAGUGUUUCAGUAUGUUAGAAAUGCAAAUAUAAACAUAAUUGUUUGUUCAUCCAUAAACCGCAAUUAAUAUAAUCUUGAUCACAGUUCUUUAUAAAUGAGAUUUUCUUCUUUAAUUCUAGCAAGUUUCUGCAGAUCCUUGAGGCUACAACUCGAGUGAACAAAUCAUUUAAUUUUGCAGACCAUAAUGUGAGUUUUGAGGAAUUGGAUGACAUUUUUAAAAUAUUUUACACUUUUUUUAGAAAAUAAAUCACAUUGUUAUUAAAACAUCACAUUGUCAUUACAUAUUGCAAUGAACAACUCCUGUGAAGGAUUUUUUUGCCCAUUUGUGUUUAUUUGAGGACAGAAAAAAGACAAAAAGAUUAAUCUCAAACAUCUGAGAUUUUCUCGCUCAACAGUUUCCAGAUGUAAAUGCUGUUUCAGUGCUGUUGUUUCUGCUCUUUUGUGUGUGUGUGUGUGUGUGUGUGUGUGUGUGUGUGUGUGUGUGUGUGUGUGUGUGUGUGUGUGUGUGUGUUUAGUGUGGGACAGUUGCAGCAGUCAGUGGUACAAUCUGUUCAUCCCACUUAACCUCAUUUCUCCCUCUCUGCGUGCACUCUCUCGCUCUCACGCUCCCUCUCCCCCCCUUUUUUCUCUCUCCAUGUUACUCAAUCACCAGAUUACAGGAUGCUCUCACUCUCUCGCCCUUUUCAUCCUCCGCUAUCAGAGAGGGAGGAGUGUAGAAAGGCAGCGCUCAGCGGGCUGCAUUAUGUUGUGUUCAGACGCGACGGCAGCGCUAGUGAUGCUGCUCAUUCACACAAAGGAGCACAAACACGCUCAGGCUGCAGCUCACUGCAAAGGCUGCACAGUGCUCAGACAAAAUGUGGAUAAUCUCCUAUCCAGCGGGGGCUGUCAGACUCACAAAGAGGCCACACAUGCAUGCAUACUCACUCAUACAUGCACAUACAGGUUUGCUCAUGCAUGUGCAAAUGUGCAUGCAUCCAAACAUGUGAUUCAAGGAGAGAAAUGGAGAGGAGUCAGGAACCCUUAGGAGUCAUUUGAGUUAAAGAUUAAUUUUUCCAGUGGAGCAGGAAUUGGUGACUCUGUGGGUUUAGCUCAGAGUAAGAUUAUAUUUUUAUUUGUUUGAUUGUUGGGAGCGUCGUCUGAAGACUCCUCGUUUGUUUUGGAUCCUCAGACUUAGCGUACAGUCUGCAGAGCUCUUCCCCUGGAGACGCUUCUGUCUUUUUUAUAAUGCUAAUGUAAAAAAAAAAAAACAUCCCACAUCUUCCCUUUGAAACUUUAUUUAGAUCAAGGCAGGUGACGGGAUUCUCUCGUACAAAAAGCGUGUUUACCCGUCUGCUCCAAACUCCCCUCAUGAGCAAGGCUGUCCUGAUUUGUGCAUCAAAGUCUUUGUGAAGCAUGAGCAUGAGCAAGUAUGAGCUCUAAAAUGUGACACAAAGGAUGGAGAGGGCGAGUCACAUCUUGUGAAUUUUGCUGCCAAAAUUAUUUUACAACCUCAAUUCCAAAAAUGUUUGGAUUUAAAAUGUUGAAUAAAACAGAUUUUGAUUGUUUUGAAAUUAUUUGAUCCCUUUUGUUUCAUUAAAAAUAAUGCAAAGACAGUCUUCAAAUAUUAAAACUAAAUAACAGUAUUUAAUGAAAAGCAUACGCUCAUAUUGAAAAAGAUACUAGUAGCAUGUUUAAGUAUAAGAACGCUGGCUUUUAAAAUGUGUGCUGAUAAUAAGCAGGGUGAUCCUUCUCCUCUUAAGAGCAAUGGAUGCAUCCAUCUAUCCUUCCUGCUUUCCUUUCUUCCUUUUCUCUCAAUCUUUUGAUGAUACAUCCUACUGUAUAUGAUAAAAUCCCAGAAUCCUUUGCAGUUUUAAGCACAGAUGCAUUACUCUGAAAUCGUUGAACUUUUCGCUCAAACAGUGACUCAGUAUGUUGUUACCUUUGAUCACAUUUCUCUUGUUUUGUAGUGCUUUGUUUUUGCACAGAAUAUAUUCUGUUUUGUUUCUGAGCCUGUUUUUGUACUUUCAUAUUUUUGUUGUUGGUUUUAUGUAGUUUUAAGUUAGCUUUAAUGAACCCAAGUGAACUGAAUACAUACAUCAUUUCUGUUCAGUUAUGUUUUAUUCAUGUUGAUUUCAUCCGUCAUCUUCUCUGAUAUUAUACACCCUGCAGUCGUAGCUGCACACUGUUGUAAAGGCCAGUCAGCUGGUUACAGAUUGGUCCAGUCUAGCCAUUAAUCCAUACAGCAGCCAUGACACCUUUUUAGGAUCUCUUAAGUUGAGUUUUGAGACGGUGGAAUGAAGUUUCAGAAACCAUUUUGUGCUGUAUCUUGAACAGCUCUCCCUGGUGAGAGAACAGUCAGAGCUGGAAAUCUGCUGUAAUGGUAUCUCUUAAAUAUAACUCCUCAUGAUGGUGUGUUUAAAUUAAGCACUGGAACAGCUCGCCUUAUUACAAGUCCUCGUACUCGACAGUGAACGACCUCAUUAAAACGGUGAAAUCCUUUAAACACACCCUGAAUUUCCUCUCCAGGCUGAACUCUGCUCCUCUCCUCUCUCUGCAGUACCUGAUCAAAGUAAAUGAGAUCAAGACCAAGAAGGGAGUGGACCUCCUCCAGAACCUGAUUAAGUAUUACCACGCACAGUGCAAGUAAGUGCCACCUUAAUCCCCCUGAACCUCCUGUCCAUGAAGCCCCCCUGCUAUGUUUUUUUUAAAGAAAGCUUGUGUCUCCCUCCAUCUUUGCAGCUCUUGAUGUCAAUAUUCCCCCCUCCUGUAUGAUUCACAGGUCUUGAGGGUGCACCGCCAUGUGUGUAUAUAUAGCUCUCAUAAAUAUGCACGGGUCAUCAUACAGAUCUGUUCUGACAGCUGUGGGGUUUGCUGGGUAAAUAAGUGGGCGCUCUCCGUGCCAGAACCGCGGCUCACGUCGGCCUGUGACAGAAUGACAAAUUUUCUCUCAGCGUCGCUCGGUCCUGUCAUAACACCGGGACAAAACAAUAUAUUUCCCCAGUUAAUCCGUUCAACCUGGGCUGAGACGGAUGGAAAAGCUGCAGCGGUGAUGGAUUAGAGGCAGAAAUCGAUAGCGAGAUAAAAAGAAGUGUGUUACUGCUCGCUGCCAGAGUGAAGAAAGCAAUUUGAGUUCAUUUGCAACCACUUGACUCAACAUAUUAAAGAGUGUAAUUGAAGACAAUUUGGGUGUUUGUCAGCCUUGGUGAAACUGUCAUCUUUUUCUGUUUAUGGUGACAUCAUUUGAGCCACUAAGGGAAACAUGGAUUCAUGCAAAAACAUCAUUGAUCAGGACAAGAUGCUGAAUGCUCUCCGAACGACUUCAAAGCAAAAAACAGAAAUCAUGUCACAGAUUUUCCUCUGAGUCAGAGUGUAAACAGAAUUUAGCAUCGCUAUUACAGAGCAAUAAAGUUGUCAUUAAGCGCCGACUGAAGUUUGAUCAUCCGAAACCACACAGAUUAUUCUAGACGACUUCAAAGGACGUGUCGAAAGUCUGUCAGUAUUCAGCAACUUCAGUAAUCCAACAAAGAGGAUGACUUUACUCAGAGCGUGUCCAGGUCCACAAGUGAGAAAAAAGGGAGGGUUCGAUUCUUGUGUCCCACUAUCACCCAGAAAGUCCUACACUCUGAGCUCUUUAAGAUAAUCUGUGCUACUGAUAAAGUUAGUCUUUAUUAAAGCAAUCACUUAUAUUUCUUUCAUGAUGAUUAUCUUUAAUCUCGUCUGCCAAAAAUGCUCCCAUCUUUCAGUUCACGUGAGUCUUUUAUUAAACAAGCAUAAAUGGAAAAAUAUCAGGCUCAGUAAAAUAUUGGCACAAGGGACUUUUUGAUUUCUGCCCAGCUCUCUGGAAUUAAUCAGAAAGAAAAAUGAUAAUAACCAUCAAACUGCAUUUUUUUUUUUAACAUCAUAGUUAUCAGAAUUUAUUCUAAACUCUAGUGUAGCGACUGCUUUCCUUCAACAAAAAGAGACCACUGGGGUUUAGGUUCACUUGCAUCUGUGACUCGUUUAAUUAUCAGUCCGGUUUGAGCGUUAGAACAAAAAGUAAUUAAUGUUCAAAAAAGGAAAGAAAACACGCUGAUCCGGGUCCAAACCCUUUGCCUUCAAAUGAAAAAAGUGAUAUGCUGAAAUGAGGCUAAAACAGGAUGAGUAAAACGGUGCGAAACGGUGGACAGAAAAUUAUCAGAGCUUACCAAACUACUGUCUGACUACACCAGUGAGAUUAAAAUGACCCUGAAGUGACGUACCUAGUAGAAAUCAAACUCAACAAAUAUAUUUUGGCUCCUACAAGUAGUUAGUUUUAGAUUUGAAAUGCAUCUAAAUUUGGAAGGAUAAUGGUGAAAUAGGCCUUAUGAGGGCCGAUUACAUCAAAAUGUUGUUAAACCAACCUGCUGACUGAUGAAUCAGUGUGUCCUUACUGUGAAAGCCUUUAAAGGUCUUUUCCUUUUCAAAGUUACACACAGACUGUUAAAAUUUUACCCCUGAGACACUCCACCUUAUUCCUCCUCUGCUGUCCCAUAACAGUUGAGCAAACUCUUUCCAUGUUACUAUAACCAGGAAUGUCCCCUAAUGCAGCGUCGUGACAUCUGCAUUUGUUUCAAACAGCUUUGCACAUGUGUAAUCCUCAUACUUACACUGAAUGCUGGAAUUUUCCAUGAGAAAAUAUGGGACUGAAGUAUAUAUGAGAACAUUUAUAGCUUUACCGGUGCAGAGAGUCAACUGAGGUGAAUCUGCAGCGUGAACACUUUUAUUCUGACAUUCUUCGAGGCCAUUAGUACUUGACACAGAGAGCUGCUUGGCGUGGGAGUCGAGCUGUAGGAUUGUUGAUGCUCAGAUAGCGAGAAAACAAACCAAGGAGAGAAGUGACAGAGAAAGUAAUGAACAGAGGAGAAAUAUGCUCCGAGAAGAGGAGAGCGCUGGUGGUGGAAGGUGGAGGUCAUUAGUGGUGAUUUGCAGCUGCAGCGCUGCAUCGAGGUGUGCACCACCGACAGAUCUGUAAUGGAUUUCAGUGUGUGCUAAGCACCACUGCAAAUCUGCUCUGGACACAGCCAGCUAUGGUUUCUGAGCCAGGAAGCUAAAGUGGACGUAUACAUUAAACAUAAACUGCAGCAGCUUCCUCUCAGUGAGUGAAAGCCAAAGGAGCAGAGUGUAACACCUGACAUUCACAAAGCACUAAUUCCCAUCAAUAAAACCAUUGAAUCUCAGAUUUUACUCCAGUCUGUGUUCAUGUCACUCAGAUUCACAUGCUCCUUCUGUUCUGCAGUUUCUUCCAGGAUGGCUUGAAGACAGCGGAUAAGCUGAAGCAGUACAUCGAGAAGCUGGCAGCUGAUCUCUACAAUGUAAAUACUCAAUCUUUUACACCCUUUACGAUGCUUUAGUUCUGGAUCUGCGGGGGGGAUUAUGGCUGAAAAACUCAAUGGUUUUGAACUUGACUAUCCUUCAUCAACUGGUUACCUAACAGCUUACCCAUUGGUGGCAUAUUGGCCCUUUGAUAGCAUGUCUUUUCUCACUUCUGUUUGGCCCUUUACUCAGUGAUUUUGGAAAUUGCUGCACACUAAAUAUGAUCUCAACAUCACAGACAUUCCAAGGUAGAAGCCCACUGUGUAUUCAUGGCAAACGUAUUUCUUAUUGGUAUCUGUGAGCAAUAAUUGGGGGUGUUUUCUGAGAUUUAUUGAAGCUCAUAUGAGGAUUUUUUAGCUGGUUUUAAAACAGCCCGAAAUUAAUGUUGAUUUAUGUCCAUGAGCUGAAAAAACUAAUGAAACCACCAAUGAUGAGGUUUGUUCUAUCUAUAAAACCAUUUUUAGUGUCUAGUACCACUGAUGGGGGGUCAAAUGUCAGUUGAAUGGAAUAGAUUUCCAUCAAGCGUUAAAGUGAUAUACAGCGCUGUAACUCACAUCAAAGUUUGAAGAACCAAAACAAAUAAGUGCUUCAGUUUAAAGUCCACUUCCUGUUUCGUGUAGGUUUCUUCUGGACAAGUUAAUGUUCUCAUUUUUUCAGCCAAAUAAAUGUUUGCACGGUCCAAAAGGAAGCUGUGUACUUUUUGCAUAUGAUGAUGCUAUUGGAAAUCUUUGCAGGAGCCCCAAAAGAACCAAAAUCUGCUGUAUUAUAUUAGUUUGUUUUUAUCUUCCUUUAGAUGUUUCUAGUGUUUGCAUGAAGCUCACAAAGUUCCUGUCCGUGUUCGUUGUACAUGAGUUGACCUUGCCUUGUCUUUGUGUAAAGAAACACAUUGGUUUGCUCUCUGUAAGGACAAUAACAGGUAUUUUGUGCCGCACUAAAAGCAAACCUUGGACAGAAAGAUGAGCCAAAGUGCAGCUCCACUUUCUCCUGAAGCAGCACUUUUAUCAGAAUAUAAAACUCCUGCAGUUAUUGUACAGGGUUAGACAGAAGCACCGGAGCAGCAAAUGUGACUCAGACUAAAAAACCUUAUAAAUCCACACAGAUGGCAAAACUUGGAAAAGAAAAAGCAGUGAGAGAAAAGAUCCUUUAAGACUUUAUUUCUUGUCAUUGAAGAAUUUAAAGUUAUAGUGACUGAGAAAGGUGAAUGAAACCUGACACUCGACUGUUGUUAGAGCACCGGGUUUAUCUUCUGUUUUACUCUGGGCCUCCUGCUCUGGAUCAAGUUCUUGCUCUUAAUUUGUGCAAAAGUAGCAGAAGAUUCAUAACCCUUUUAAGUGUAACCGAUAAAGCAUUAUUGCAAAUUAUCUAGUGCAACUUUAGAGGAAAACAAAAUGCAAAAAGAAGUAUGAUCUGGAAAAUACAGCUAAGGAAAGUUUGCUGUUGAGUCUGUUGAGCAUCUUGACUUCUUUUCUCUUCAUCUCAAGAUAAAGUUAUUUUUGUAAUUUGUGUGAUAAGUGACACCCUUAGACUGUAUAUAGAAUGGACGCUGUCUGCCUCCUCACUUGGUGAAGCCACCUUGAGAACAGCACCCUCUGGUGACGGGCUGCAGUCUAGGUCAUAAAUCCCGCCUCUUCCAGCAAUCCCUAUGGAGCUGUGGACAAACUUUAGAAAUUUAUAACAAAAAAUAUAAAUUUUUCUCCCCCCGGUUGUGAUGUUGACAUGUAGUUAUUGUAAAACUGGUUUGUGCUCAAGUCCUCUUUUUCUGUACAGCUCCAUUUUUAAAAGUUAUCAGGGGGUUCAUGUUUUCUAUGAUUGACACUUGAUACAGCCUAUGGGCGUAUGAAGAUAGCGUAGCUCACCCGAGGGAUAUGCUGCUUGAGCCGAGAGUCAUCACAGCGACUCUCGGUGACUCUCCGACCAACUGCGUAUAAUGCUACUGCGCAAUGUUGGUUUCAGGAAAUGGAUAAAAAAUGUGGAAAUACAGAGAGAUUCAUAUACUGGCGGAAGGCGGAACAAAGUUGUUCAUAGUAUAUACAGUCUGUGGUUACAUCAGGUUAUCCUCCAGAUGUCAAGAUACUCAAAUAGAUUAACCAGUUAUGAUGUUAUAAUAUCUUCCUCUUCAGCCCUUUUGUUUUAUCCUCCUCAGAUCAAACAAACUCAGGAUGAGGAGAAGAAGCAGCUGACCGCCCUGCGAGAUCUCAUCAAGUCCUCCCUCCAGCUGGACCAGAAGGAGGUAGGCAGCACAUAACCGCUCACACACACACAGACCCACAUUGAAAGCAGGUGAAAUUCUGCAGUCAUAAAAACACGCUCCACUUAUAAUGACUAAAUUGUUCCAGGUACCUCAGAGACUCUUGUUAGAAACACACAAUUUGACACAUUUUCCGUCACACACACACACACCUCCUCUCACUCUGGCCACUAGCAGGUUUGGUCUCCUGCAGCACAGAGCGAGUGCCCAGUGCUGUACCAUGCUGGUAGCCAGUGUGUGGUCGGCUUUGCUGGUGACCAGUGUUGUGCCUCACUGGCUGCUCAGUGGAGAACCACUCACCAAAUCACACACACGCUUAAAACACACUGCUGCAGCUGGGCGUCUGUUUCACUGUCCUCUAUGUUCACACUCUCAGUCUUUUUUUUUUUCUGCAUGAACACAAUCUACACGGUCUUUCACAGUUAAUUUACACUUUCUAUAGCGUCUCCUGCUAAUAGCACUACAUUUAGACUGUAAACAUGUGAGAUUGCACUCUUGGUCAGCAGCACACGGGCAGGCAAUUCACUCUUUCACACUCACUGCCUGCACCCGAGCCGGAUCUUUCACACCUCUCCCUUCUAUCUUCCCUCCCUCUGCCUUCUGCUUGUCUGGAAUCAAGUCUAGAAGAGUAAGUGAAGGUGCAUGUGGAGCAUGCUGUCGUCCUGUUGACAGUAGAGUGGUUUGGCCUUUUAGAGGCGUGCAGAGCAUGCUUUGUGGAUUUUUAGUUUUUUUUUAGCACUCUCACGUUGCAUUUCAGUAUUUAAUGAAAGUUAUUAGUGCAUUUCUGUUUGUGUGGCAUGUAUUUCUGCAGCACUUCUAUUUAAACUGUGUGAAAAAAAUUUGAUUUUGUGUGUGAAUGAAUUGUGUGAUUUUGUACAGGACUCGCAGAGUAAGCAGGGCGGCUACAGCAUGCACCAGCUGCAGGGAAACAAGGAGUUUGGCAGCGAGAAGAAAGGAUACUUACUGAAGAAAAGUGAUGGGUAAGCUGACAGGAAAGCCAUUAUUUACACAUUAUUGCUACUGUUAAGUAAGCUCUGCAGGUCUCUUGAUGAAAGAUUAGAUCAGAACGUCUUAAAGUUUGGAGAUUUGAGCACUUCCAGAGAGAUUGUGACUCCGUACAGAGCAAUGAGUUCUUUGUUGUUCACUGAAGCAGAUUUGAUGCGCCUGCUGACAGGCUCCUCCAAGCGUCUAUGAAAGAGCUGAUUUAUUAACAAGACCGGAGCGUAAUGUGUUUAUGUGCGGUCUUAAUUUGUUGGGUCUCACACUGUCAGCCGCCAACAUUGUCAGACACAAGGUCUCUCCUUAUCUUCCACCACAUCUCACCACUGAAAACCAACGUCAGAAUUCGUCUUAUUCAUAGAUGUGUUUGUAGUCAAGAACUUUUACCUGUCCUGUUUGUCUCUAAGAAUAGUUGUGUCCUCAUGAUGGGAGGCCAUGCACUGAAAUGCUUUGAGUGAGAUUUUAGUGAAGACUUUAAUCCUGUAAAAUUUUGGCAUAAUUCUCGUACGACCUUUGGACCCCUGAUGUUUUAAACUCUUGUGUAAUGCAACAUUUUUAAUGAAAUACGCUGAUAUAUUUUCUUCGUAAUGUCCUCUUACUCCAGAUUUCAAGUACAGUUUUGAACUGUGACUAUAACUUAAGUUAAAAAUCUUUGACAGCUUCUAACAGCGGAGUAAAAUGAUAGGUUCUUUAUUUGUACAAGGAUAAGAGGAUGAUUCUCUCUUUAUAUUUUUACUCUACUUUAUGUUUUUACUUUGGCAAACUGGUCUUAUAUUGUUCCAAAUCAAGGUUUUUGUAAGCCUAACCCUGAGUUAACUGUGUUAUUUAUAAAUGGCAGGAUAAAAAAUUGGCUUAUUUACAGAUUGCAGCAGAGAGCCAUUCAUCCAAUCUUAAUAUUAUUGACAAACGAAGAAGAAAAAAGAUGUUUUCUCAUUUCCUAAUGUGUCACACAGGCUGAGGAAGGUGUGGCAGAGGAGGCAGUGCUCAGUGAAGGGGGGCAUCCUCACCAUCUCUCAUGCUACGGUGAGUACAAAACAUGCAACACACGCAUGCACACAUAAACACACACAUGCGCGCACGUUCGCUCUCGUAUGACCUCCUCGAACCCCGUAAGUAACGCUGUGGAUCAAAGACAGAAGCAUCAUGCAGGGGGGCUGUGUUGGGCUUUCUCAAUCUGCAGGCUAACAGAGUGCAAUUGACAUAGAUGGGUUGUCAUGGCAACCACCCCCUCUUCCCAGCCACUCUGGCCCCUCCCCCUGCAGCCGGCUGCAGCCUGGUGACUCAUCUCAGAGUGAGUGUGAGGGUACUGUAUAUGCUGGCACGUCUGUGGCAGCGGCUCAGCCCGUGUGCAGCUGCAGAGGCUGCCGUGGAUGUGUGAUGUUUUCUUUCCUGUGAGGUGGACUGCAGACAUCUAAGAAAAAAACUGUCAGACAAACUUUCUUUGUAAUUAAGCUUCUGAUUGAGCAUUUAAGAAGAUCUUUCCCAGAUGUUUCCCAGUCACGUUUUGUGCGAUUCUUUAUUUGACUUUUGCACGUUUACAUACAAGUCCGAUUAGCAAUCCUCUAAUUCGCAAAGGUGAAUAUGAAGCUGUGUUUGGUGCUUGAAACUAAGGCUGCUGUUCAUCAAAUUGUAGUCCUGAUCACAUUUUUGGCCCCUCGGGAUCAAAGAAGUCUCACUGUCAGCAUUUAUUGACCAAGACUGUGUUAAAACCUCCACAGUGAAUAGCAUACAGAGAGCAAGAGGAUCUGGGGCGUGUGUUAGUGAAGCAGAGGGACAGAGUGAGGAUGUAAAAAGAAGCCAUAGCAGAAACAGUACGAAAUGAGAAUAAGCUGAUUAUCGCAUGGAUAAUUGUUGAGUGAUCUUUGGAUCUGUUUUGUUUUAAAGUAUAAAAGAUCAAGUUAUAGUCCAGAGGUUUCCUGUUUAUAAGAGGGCUGAUAGACUGUAAUGGAAGAUAAACCACAAGUAGUAUGAGUCCUUUGUUUGACUGAAUUACCAUCAAAAUUAAGUCAAAGUUAGUAAAAGUGAAGCUGUAGUGCCGUUUGAUGCCAGUUUUGACCAGUUUUUGAGGGACUCCUGUGGGCCAAAAAUGACAGGAUAGAUAUUUUUUUGUCCCAGUCCAACUUUCAUAAUGGGUAAAACACAUAUAAAGGCUUUUAAAGAAGCACACAGGUUAAAAAAAUCCUUUAAAUAAGUAAACAAUCCUGGUUAUAAAUAAUAAUCUCAGUAUUGAUUAAAAAAUAAUCAUGAUUAUCGUUUUGGUCAUAAACAUACAUCCUUUCUUCAGAGGCUCCUCGGUGGUUUGAGCCUCAAUCUGCAAAAGUCCUGAUCUUGUUUUGAUAUGAAGUGUUUCCUUAAGUUCUGCCGUGAGUUUCAGGAACUGAAACCUGAAACUGUCUUCCCACUCUGGUCGAUUAAGAAGUAGCUCUAUGAGGGCUUAUAAUCAUUCCUCUCUGUCUGGAGGCGGUUCACCACUACGCCAACUUCUUCCCUUCAGCCCUCGUGGCAGCUGAACUCUAGGUGACUCUUGUUGACAUGGCGAGCUGCCAGCAGGCCAGCCGGCCUCCAAAGCUCAUCACAGCCUGUUAGCAUUUCAUUAGCACGUGCCCCGGCCCCUCCUCAGCCCGGGCGCUGGCAGGAGACAAUGCUCAGUGUUCAUGUGCCAACUGGGCCCAUUUUUACAGUGCGAAACACAGCCAGCAUGGUCCGACUUCUUAAAGGGGACAGGAGGAGUCUUGAGGUCAUCCAGUACUUAUGUUUUCAAGUCAAAACUUCUGUUGCAUGUAUUUGGAUCACUUCACAGUCUUUUUUUCUGUUAUUUUUUUAUAUAAUACUUUUAUACAUUUAUAGACUUUGGUCCGGCAGAGUCCCUGGAUUAAACAAGAGGACCAGGACUCCACUGCAUUGACAGCAGCUGUUUGUGGCUACGUAAACUUUACCAGAUAGUCACUACUAGACGAUGCCAAAACUCAAAAUUAUAUAUUGUAAACUCAAGUUGUUGGGCUCACAUGAUUGAAAUAGCACUUUAAGAGUCCACAUUCUCGCUCGCAGCUGCUUCAGGCCGUAAAUAGACACAGCGGUUUGAGAUAAAUGCUAAUGUCAGCAUGCUAACAUGCUCACAAUGACAAUGCGAUGUGCCAAACUUUCAGGCAACACUUUCAAGACAUUUCAUUGUGUACCAAAGAGAGGACAAACCCAACAGAAUGACUAAUUAUGAAGCGUACAAAAUGCAAAACAUUAAGAAAGCUGUUAUUUGAAUCAGAGAAGUCACAUUUUGACAGAAAUGAAGGUAUCAAGGAUUGUUUAUUUCCUCUCUGAGUUGCAUCAAUUUUCUUGUUUCAACAGUCCAACAGGCAGCCAGUCAAACUCAACCUGCUCACCUGCCAGGUCAAACCCAGCUCCGAGGACAGGAAGUGCUUCGAUCUCAUUUCUCGUAAGUUUUCAAACGACCAUCAUGAACCUGAGUCCUCUCAGUCUGCGUUGUGCUGGAUUGGGUUACUAAAUGCAACUUUUCCUAUUAAUUACAGAUAACCGGACAUAUCAUUUCCAAGCUGAAGACGAACAAGAGUUUGUAAUGUGAGUAUUUCUGUGAUAAACUGCUCCAGAAGUAGAUUCUGUCACAUGAAAUGCUGAAAUAAAUAAUCAUAUUAUUUAUAAAUGUGAAAGUUUUCUGAAGAGAGAUUCCAGAGUGAGUGAGUGAAAAGGAUAUUCGCUGAAAUUGCACAUGUAUGCUUGCAGUUGACUGUGUGGAUGAUAUGGGGUUGGUUAGCUGCUGUUCUUUUGAGUUCUUGUUGCUGAGGAACACAGAAAUGGUUUCAAUUGAGAAUGAGAUUAGUUAUCUGCAGUUAAACUGGUAUUUUUGACCACAUAGUGUUAUGUCUAAUGAUUGAAUGUCAGUAUGCAAAUACACCGCCUCAUUUUCAUACAGGUUUUGCUUGAAAAGCUGUGCUCACUGUUGCUAAGCUACCUAAAUUAAUGAUUCAUUUAAUGAUUAAUGAUGUUGAUGAACAUGUAAAUUGGUAGGAGUUUUUAAAAAACAGCUAGAUAAGUUAGCUGAACACCUGAUCAAAGUGUAUUUUAUGUUGAUUUUUUUUCCCUGAACCAAGACCUGAUCCUUCUUACCCUUCAUUUUGAGUCUUUUUAUGGAAGAUGCUUUUGUCUUCGGCAGGUUUUAAACUAUAGACAAAAUGUUGAAUUUAAGACACUUGAAGCUAAAUGUGAGCUAGUGAUUAAUGUAUUAUUCACAACAAGAUAGUUCAUCCUGGUGCUGCAGCAAAUGCAAGCGGAGAGAAAUGAGUAGUUUGGAGAUCAAAGAUGGACACCAAACUAUUUCAAAACUAACCUUAAGUAUUGCAUAUUGAAAAAUCAAACUUAUUUUGAUGCUUCUUCUUCCUUGCGGGCCUUCUUCUAUGUUUUAUUUUCUCACUGAAACCCCAAGAAGUUGCAAGAUUAAACCAAAACAUAAAGAAUCUUUAUUUCUCUGGACCAAACACUCUUCAAACACUUUACUCCUCGCUUGCUUGCUCUCCCUCUGAUGCCUCACUGUGGUUCAGUGCUGCUUGAAAACUCUGCAUCUGUAUGUACACGUUGUCCUUUGGGAUCUGGCUUUCUGCUCCUCCUCGCCGCUUCUGUCACGCACUUUCAACUGCAGCAGCAGCAGCAGCAGAGUCUUCCCGGGAUCUCUCCAUUAAAUAUUUAGUAUUCCAUAGGGCUCUUGCUUUGUGCAAUCACGCUCCCCUUCAAUUAGGCCAGGAGCAAAUUAUUAUACAUAAUUUAAAGUAAACACAACAAGGCUCGGGCUCAGCAUCUGUGCACCCAGCUAUAAGUGUAUUUAAAUAUCUUGUGCUAUUUCUGACGUGCAGAUAGACAGACAGUCUCACACGUCCGUAUAUGAGCCCACUCCCUGUCUGGCCUCAGCAUGACUGACAAUGACAGAGGAAGUGCUGACGUCAGGACCGUAAAGCCCACUGUGUGUGUGUUUCAGUGUGUGUUUCAGUGUGUGUUAAUUUCUGUGUGUGAGGGCCGGUUCAGUUCAGUUCAGUUCAGUUCAGUUCAGCAGCAGAUUGUGCUGUGGGGUGAGCUGCAGGAGGCCAUGUUUGAAAGGCAGUAACAGUGUUUCCUGUCUGUGAGAAGUUUAAUGACCACAGUGUGAGUGUGGGUGUAUGUGUGGGCGCGUGCAUGUGUGAGAUUCAACUUUAUAUUGUGAAGGAGCAGAAACACUGCAGAGGAAAAUGAAAUGAAAAUGAGGAUGUUCUGAUGCUGCUGAUGAUAAAAACAACAGACAUCCCAAAGAACUGGAACACUGUAUAAACUCUUGUUAUCUUGUUAGCUUAAAUACUGCGGUUUAUUAAAGCACCAUGUGUGUGAUGAAGAAUAAAGAUCUCUCAGGGGCCUCUCUGGGCCUUCCUCUAGUCCUCGAUUAUAAUUGGCUAUUUGCUUUGUGAGAGGCGGGGCUUAUGUUAAAGAAUCAACCAUCCAGGCUUGUUUUACUACUGACCAAUAAUAUUAGAAUUGAAGCCAACAUGAAAACUCAAACCUGCAGCUCCUCAAGUGUUCAGGGAUGCCAGAUGGGGGAGGGGUACCCUCAUGUUUGAGGGGCCCCAGAGAUGAAAUAAUGAAUGGAAAUGAAUGAAAUAAAUGCAGAGUAGAGGUCCUUAGAGAAUACCUUUGUAUGGGGCCCGUAUUCAAGGCCAAUGCGAGCGUCCACUUGGGGUUGGCCCAAAGAGUCCAUGAGACCCCAGUAUAACUAUGUUAGAAAGUUUUUUUUUUAGGGCUGGAAAUUUGCUUUUCGCCCGAUUCGAUUUUUGCCCGAUUGGAUUCUUCUACGAUUUUUUUUUUUUGGAUGCCGAUUCAAUUUAAAUUGCGAUUCUACGAUAUUGUCUAUUUUCUCAAUUUUAGUCUGCAUUCUUGACACCAUUCAAACAGUUGAAUGAUUAUGAUUGUCUAAUGGUUAUUCCAGGAACCACAAUUCUGCCAAAAAUUCACAUCACAUAGAGGGAUGGGAAUCAAGAACCGGUUCUUGUUGAAAACCGGUUCCAAAUAGUUCAAUUAAUCGAUUUCGCCCCGUGUAGUAGUGUCCUCUUUUAGGGGAUCAAAAAUAUGGUCACCAUAAUUUGAUUUAGUACCGACCAAAGUAAAUGCUGUACAAAUUGUAUGUCAUUUGAUUAUUUUUAGAGUCUCACUGAAGAUGGCAUACAUCUUUCUCUGUUAUCAGAGACCUAAUAAAAGUUUGGGUUCACAGUGAAAUCCUAUACUUUUUUUUAAAUCAAAGAAAGGCAUUGAUAAGGGAAUUGUUAAAAAAUUGAAUUGAUAAGCACGACCGAUAAAGGCAUCGAUAUCUAUAAAAUCUUAUCAAUUCCCAACCCUAAUCACAUGUAACUCAGUUUUUAAGAUUUAUUCUUGAAUUUGAAAAAAAAAACAACAUCUGUUUUUGAACAUAAAAAUCGAUUUAAAAAUUGUAAAACAAAAAAUUGCAAUACUUAUGUGAAUCGAUUUUUUUCCCCACCCCUAUCUCAUAUCACGUUUAGCCAUCAGGGCAUUGUUCCAAGUUUAGAGCAUGUUUCAGUGCAAACCCACUGGCUAAAGUUGUCACACACAGCAGUAGUGCUGAGUCAGGGGCUGUAGCCAUCCCAAAGAGGAGCUGUAGUGCAAACAUGGCGCAUAGCUCUCCCUCAGCUGGGUUUUAAAAUACUACCCUGAUAGCUGAAUGUGAUGUGAGACCACAGGUUUAUCUCUGUCAGCAAAAAAGCAUGUUUUAAUAAUCAAUUACUAGAUACUCAGUUGUCAACUUCUGUAAUAGAUACACAGUUUAUGGCAUCUGUCUGAUCAUGUCUGUAGUUAAAAUGUCAGUAGGUGUGGAUUUGUCCCUGCUCAGGAUAAAAGUUAGACUUUAAAAUGGUGUGUUUCCUUUCACAGCUGGAUCUCAGUGCUGACUAACAGCAAGGAGGAGGCGCUGAACAUGGCGUUUCGAGGCGAGCAGAGCAGCGGAGGGGAGGACGGUUUAGAGGACCUGACUAAAGCCAUCAUCGAAGACGUGCUGCGCAUGCCGGGCAACGAAGUGUGCUGCGACUGUGGAGCUGCAGGUGUGUACCGCUGCUGACUGUGUCUCCAUAUACAGCAGGCUGUAAAUAUAGAUCCUCUUCCUGCUUUGUGCUUAGUCAACCUUCACCUUGAUACAGGAGAUGACACACACCUUCACCUCAGCAUUUCCUGAUUUCACUCGGGGCAAAUGUUUUAUUUAGAGCCGCGCAUCAAUCUUGAGUCUUUUGCAGUGUCACGGCUGCCUUGAACUCUGUGUCCUCUAAGUUAGACAGUAACUGAACAAGCUGCCCUGCAAAUCCUUCACCAGGCUUCAACCAACAAGCACAUGUGUGUGUGUGUGUUUGUGAGUGUUUGUGUGUGUUUGUGUGUGUUUGUGCACGGGUGUUAUUAGCAUUCAGGACACAACCUCAUCCUAAUCCACCCCCGCAUUAGGAAGCAUAGACUCAGCACUCAGGAGUGGCAUAGACAUCCAGGCCCUCUGACACUAAGCACACACACGAACGCACAUAGACAGUGUAUAUACAUGCAAACACAAUCUCCUCUGUCAACAAAAACACACUCGCAGCAGCUUCUCAUCCAACAGACCAACGAACCGACAGGAGGACUUUAUGCUCUAAGGGGAAUAAAAAAACAUUCUGCGCUUUGAGAAACAACAUCAUUACAUCACGUUGUUACAUAAGUCACACACGCUCUGCCGACCCUUGCAAUCUGCAGAGCGGGGGGGGUAUUUUGUCAUGUCUAUUCUUUAGUUGCUGCGUCCGCUCGUGUACACUGUCUCAGCAGUAAUACAUGUUCCAGAUGUGAGCUUAAGCUCUGUUUCCUCUUAGAUUCCUGUUCCUUCUCUUUAUCAGAUUGUCACAGAUUUCCAGGAUUGCUCCGACUCUGCUUUCCUUCCUGAAAAGACGAAAUUCACAUCACGUUUGAAAGGUCGAUGUAAUGACUCCGAAAGGUCACCUCUUUGUUCCCUCGGCUCAGAGUGGAACGAGGACGACUCCAUCUCAUUUGAUAUUCUCCCAGGAUCUCCCUUUAUAAGAUACAGCUUUGCAGCUUUAGCAUUAAGCAGCUAUGGAGGUCAACGCGCGUCAUCUCAUCAUGCUUAACGUGAACCAUGUGACCUAUCACCAGCUUUCAUCAGUGUAGUAUGAUGUGAACCUGGGUGGGUGUGGGUAUUUGUGUGUGUAUUGGUGUGCACAUGCCUGUUUUCCUGUGUGUGACUCAGUUUUUUAGCGGUGCUGCCUCUUCUGCUGUCUGGUGCUCACUUGUCAGAUUCUUACCCAGCAGCACCUCUGCCUCGCAGUGUCCCUGAACUCACAACCAACGCAGUCAGCUGUAGGUUUAAAGCUCCCUCAAACCUCCCAGAUUGCAUCAGUACAUCUGCAGUAAUGCAGGUCAAUCUCUGCGCUACGUGGAGUCGUCACACGGCUCCACUCCAUCACAUUGUACUGGUGCUGAAUGCAGAGCAGCAGGUUAUGCAAUGAACCCUCUUUCUAAGAAACCAUUUGGAGUGUCUAGCUUUCCUGUUUUGUAUAUUUGUUGGUCCUCCAGUGGUCUGAAAUGUCUUUGUUGUUGUUUAUGUGAGGGGUAAAUCAUAGCCAGUGGUUGUGUGAAAUAAAAUCCCAAAAGGCUUCACAUCAGGGUCUUGUGUCAUCCUGUUAGGAUCCCUUUCACAUUGCCACUGGCUAACAAUACGCCCAUGUAUCAUCCAGCUACUAACAAAGAAGUUGACACUAAAUAUUGAGCCAAAAAUGAUUUGAUUGAUUUGAAAAAUAUAUAUUUCUUCUGCUUCACAACACUCCCACAGUCCACACACUGUUACAGUUUCUUCAUGUCUGUUUUCUUCGAUUUGAUUGAUGUCUCCCUCAUCUUAAAGGGUUCUUCCACAUCAAGAUAGCCAUUGUUCGUUUCUAAGCUGUUUUCCCACUUCUUAACUUUAGCUAAUAACCACUGAUCUAAAGUUCAGAGUUUCCAAGUAAACAGAGAUUAAAAUUAGAAAUAUCUUUGGUGUUAUCUACUGAUGCUGUCUGAAAGACCCUCUGACCCUCUUCCUCCGCCCUAUCUUAGAGAAACUUGCACUUCUUUGUUUCAUUCUCUCUCUCUAGCCUCUUCUUGUCAUGUUUGUUUUACUCUUGUGUUCACACUUUACCUCCCCUGGAUUGUGUUCACUUCACAUAACCUUUAAGAGCAACUUUAGCCAUUUGAGUCUCAGUGCUCUGUGCUAUAAACAAAAAAUAAGAAUGAGAGUAAAGAAUACAGACUUCAUGUGUGAAAUACAGGAUUAAUCUGCUGAAAUCAAGUUUUUAUCGGGUGACUUUAUGAAAAUAUAACUGUGUGUAGGCUUAUCUGCUAAAUCUGAACCUUAGUUUAGUAUUUUUGACCGUAAAGAAAUAUUUCUUUUUGGCAAAUUUGUUUUGUUUACCUUGUAUUAUUCUUGUAACCAGUUAGACUAUUAGGUACGAGAUGAGGCUAAAUUUAGAGAUAAGAUACCACCAUGUCAUCAUAAAACCAAAGAUCUUUGGUGUUUGCCUCAGGUAAGAUCAAUUUUGGGUGCCUACCAAAGUUUGGAAACUCCAAAUGGCAAAUUUCUGUUUGAACCCAGAACACACAGAAGUCGAUCAUUAUUUUAUUCAUAUCCUUGAUCAGUUUAAUUAGCUCUUUCUUCAUCUCCCCUCAAAAACAAUCAAACUUUUAGAGUAUUGGAUCUCGUAUAAACAGCCACAGCGCUGUUUUGAGGGUUAAAAAAGCAGUAAAUGUAAAGAAAACUUUUUCAGACGACAGUGCCCUCGGUUUUGUUGCUUGACCCACAAGAGAGAAAUGAAUUCUGUCAAGUUCUGCCAUUUUUCUUCUCCUAAGGUUCUGCAAUCAUUCAGGAAUAAAUCAGCUGUAGAGACGCUGAGAAACCAAUUUCCUCGCUGACAGCAGCCUUAAGAUCCAGAACACAAUGCAGCCACACAAAACACAUUUUCAAUAAACGGCAGGACUGAUGCUCGUCCAACUGAGAAAUGCUUUCUAUUUUUUGUACUACAUCUCUCUUUCAUUCACUUCCUCCAGUUAGUACUGAUGACAUGCUUAAUUUUCCCAGCUGGGUUUCACUUAAAUGUAACUUGACAUUUUAUGUGUUUUUUCUCUUCAUGUUGACAUUUUAAAGCUCACUAUGAAAUCUGUCUUUUCAGUUUCUAGAAUUCUUGUUUUAGUUUGACUCAACCUUCGCCAUCCGACUAUCAACUCACUGUGGGACCAUUUAAGGGAGACUCUGAAGAGCAUGCUGUUGUAAUCCGUUAACACAUCCUCCUCUUCUGCAUGUGCUUUUAGAUCCGAAGUGGCUGUCCACCAAUUUGGGGAUCCUGACCUGCAUUGAGUGCUCUGGAAUCCACCGAGAGAUGGGGGUCCACAUCUCCCGCAUCCAGUCCAUGGAGCUAGACAAGCUGGGAACAUCAGAACUCUUGGUAAGUUAGCAGCAUGUGAGACUUCCCAUACAUCUCUGGUUCAUUUAGGAUAUAAAUAAAGAGUUAACGUAACUGUGAACUUACACUGAUGGUUUCUUUUCUUCCUCUCAGCUGGCCAAGAAUGUCGGGAACAGUAGUUUCAACGAGAUCAUGGAGGGAAACCUCACGUCCCCUUCACCAAAGCCCACUCCAUCCAGUGACAUGUGAGUAAAAGCUGCUCGAAAUCUACAUCUCUUCAACGUCCAAGCAGUUGACGGGAUUUUUCUGUGUCCACAGGACGGUGAGGAAGGAGUUCAUCAACGCUAAAUACGUGGACCACAAGUUUGCGAGGAAGACGUGCACGUCCGCGGCAGCUAAGAUGAUUGAGCUGUUUGAGGCGGUUCAAUCCAGGGAUCUGCUCUCCCUUAUUCAGGUCUACGCUGAGGGGGUGGAGCUUAUGGAGCCGCUCCCAGAGGUGGGGCCGGUGAGUCCUCUUAGUUCAUGGGUAUUUGCAAGCUUGACUUUUGAGGUGCAGCCAUAUCAGGAAGUAAAAUCGCUCACUUGACUAUGCUUAAAAUGAAAAAUACAAAAACUCAAACUGGCUAGCUUUUUAUCCAUUUUAUCCAAAUGACAGCUGUAGACAGAAAAGUCUGCAUUAAAGUCAAAACCGCAUUUUUAGCAAAGAAUUCAUCACUGCUUUUGUUUUCUCAGUUUGAAUCUUUACAGCUUGUGCUUUGGGGGUAACUGUGCUGCACACUCAUUCUGCUUUCUGGCAUUUUAUAGCCCAAGAGAGAGUCGUCACUUCACUAAUAUAUACUAUAUAAUAACAGCAUAUGACUGGAUAAUAAAAAAUAAUAUACGAUUGCAACCCUCAUUUCUAGCUUCUAUAUAGUUAAAGCAACUGUGAGGUAAUUUCUCUGGUCAUAAAAUAGUGUAAAAUUAAUACUGAUGCCUCUGAAGGACUACAAAAACAACCAAAAUCAUCCGAUACGAGAUUGUUUAUUUUUUUAUGGCUGUUACAACCAAACAAAGCAGCUAAUAGGCCAUUGACAAAACAUUUUAUGAAUUUUCAACACAAACUGUUCAUGGUAAGUUGCAGUUUAGUCACUUAAAAUAGAAAUGAAUUAUAUUUUUGUCAGAAAAUCCUGAGUAACCAAGUAGACGAGCAAAAAGUUGAAUCGUUUUGUCCGAUUUGUCUACAGAGGGCGCCAAAAUCAACAAAACCGAGAAUUGCCUGUUGGAGCUUUGAAUUAUGAAGUUUCGAUGCUUCAGUUGUUGUGUAGGGUACAAUGUCAAGAAACGGGGAUAUUCAGUUUAAUAUUAUUUGAUAGUCAGGUUUGAAUGUUCCCUUGAGCGCCCCUUCUGUAGGUGAAAGUAUGGUGGCCAUGGAGGACAAGAGGUUGCUUCAUUUGUCAAGUUUUUUACAUCUUCUACUUCUUUGUCUGAUGCAUUCUACAAGUUUGUCCAUUCUGUGCUACAGUAGAAACAUGGCAGUGCAAGAUGGCAGCUCUGUUAAAGAGUUUCCUGGUCUCAUGUAGAAAUAAAAGACUAAACUACAAAUCAUUUUAUUCAAACACAUGUGAACAUUUCAUUUCUACCAAGUCUUUUCUGCAUAAACCACAAACUGCAGGUUUUAUUCAACUGUUUUCCCUUCCAUUUAAAGAGAACGGACAGUUUGGGUUUUAAGGGAGGACAUUGGAUGUAUCUGUAAGAAAUGAUCAUCCUGCUUCGAAGCACAUGAUGUAAAAUUGACAUUAUUGCUUGUCAGCCUCCGCCCAUUGCCUCCACAUACAUGGCUCCCUUGCCUUUCUCUUACUCACCAUGAUUUCAUGUUAGACCAUAAAGCCAAGAAACAUCCCUCUGAGAGCUCGUCACAUCGUUACACUGCAUGGGUUCAUCUUCAUGUGAGGUUGUACUCCCAGCAGGACAAUCAUCCCUGACACUUUUCCACUGGUUGGUGAAUUAUUUGGCGGGUAGAAAUGGGUGUAACAGUCGGAAAAUUUUGAGUCAUCUGGAUAACCUCACCAGCAGGUGGUGAUAUCCAGCAGCAGCCUCCAUCACAUCAUAGGGCAUCACAUCGUUGGAGCUCAGAUGACGACAUUCAUGGCAGCUUAAAUCACGUCUCUGCUUUGUGUUCUGCGGCUCAGCCGGAGUUCUCUUUGUUUCCUCGCCGCUUUAAGCGAAGAUCAAAGUUAAAUACGAGGCGGAGGAUGGUGAAGAUAUGGCACUGUAAACAACCCAGCUGAUCAGACUUAAUCUGACAUAAAUGGGUCAAGGUUUUAUAACACAGAUGUAGUAGUUCCCUAAUGAAAAAUUAAGUGUACAAUGCUGCAGCAGGAUAAAAGAGGAUAUCUGUUGAUGGCGGAGGGAGCUGCUGCUGCUGUCUGACUCACUGAUAUCUGAUCUGCUGCUGUCAAGAGAUCUGAAUGGCUGCAGACAGCACAGUGACACCCCACUCCUCCGCAAAACCAGGCACAGACAGGGAUGUGUGUCUAAAAACAUCCUUCCCUUUACCCUUUAGAUGCCUUUACAUGUCAGGCACCCUCAUCCACAUAUUUCACCUUUAAUCUUUUACAUCUCGCUGCAGCCUUGUUACAUAAAGAGGGAUAAAACAGCUGUUAGGGUCUCCUGAAAGUAAGCAAAUCUCUGCUGUAACUCCUCCUGAAAUAUUAUUUUUAGGAGCCAUUUUGUUUACUGCAGCUUCUUUAAAUGCUCAAAGAGACACAGAGAGGGAGAGAAUACAGAAUGGAUGCUGCCCAAGAUUGUCUCACUCUUCUCUUUGCUGUGUUUGGUGGCCCCCUGCAGGAAGCCGGAGAGACCGCACUGCACUACUCUGUACGGACUGCUGACCAGACCUCACUGCACCUGGUGGAUUUCCUCGUGCAGAACAGGUAUUUUUUUUUUAUCAAGAGCAACUUUUUUAUAAAUCCGAAGAAGAAUCACACAAGUGUUCAGAUCUGCUUGGAGUUUCCCCGCGAGGCAAACAUCUGUCACAGUCCCAUGAAAGAACAGCAGCACAGUUUCACAGUAAACAGCAGCUUUGCGGAAACAAACAGCAUCAAAUGUGAUCUGUCUGUCUGUCUGCUGCGACUCUUUCUUCUUCCUCUCCUUUUUUUUUCCUCUUCUGCUUCACUCUGUAGUAUUGAGGCAGUGCAGGAGCAGAGGAAAAGCUUAGCACUGCACAGCUCAGCUCAGAUUCCCACAAGGCAAACAGAAAUGGGUCAAGCACUUGUUCUCUGCCUUAAUUUAUUCCUCUCUUUUCAAUUGUUUACCCACCACUGCUCCUGCUGCACACGGCCUCUGCAGAACAAGUGGAACCCUUCCAUUAAUUAAUAGCAGUGCUUCAUCAUAAUCAGAACUUAUUAUUUCAGAUAUUUCUCUCCAAGCUUAAGGAGAUUGGCCCGCUCCUAGAGUUUGAAUGAAUUUGCAUAGCUUAUUUCUUGUUUUUAUCACCCAAACUUGAACCAAAUUUCCUCCAUUUGACUAAUUUAGCUGCCUACUUUUGGUAUUUCUAUGUCUCUCUCAUGCUAAAUCCUAAAAUCCUCAGUAAUAGCACAUCAACCUGAAGCCGCAGCAUUCUGGAAACACCUCCAGAGCAUGUGACCUGCGUCCUCACUGUGUGUUUGUGUGUGUGCGUGUGUGUGUGUCUCCUCUCCCAGCGGUAACCUGGAUAAGCAGACGGAGUGGGGGAACACCGCCCUGCAUUACUGCUGCAUGUACGAGAAGCCCGAGUGCCUCAAGUUACUCCUGAGGGGCAAGCCGGCCACGGAUAUCAGUGAGUCACAUCCUCUCCUCGCUCGAGCCAUCCGUACACACGUAUCAGGCUCUAACUGUUGAUUAUCCCCUCUGCUCCCUUCAGCCAAUCAGAACGGAGAGACGGCGCUGGAUGUUGCCAGGCGACUGAGGAACACUCAGUGUGAGGAGGCAGUAAGUACAGCACUGCCAAGCUGUUCAUUUUGGACACCAUGAUGGAUUUAAAUGGUCUAAAAAAAAAAAAUCACGAACCCUCUCAAAUGUACAAAUGUAGAAAAAAAGAAAGGAUGUGGUGUCGAGAUUGGAGUUGAUUUAACAGGUUUUGACCAGAUUAGUGAGAACACUAGAUGGCAGUCAAAGGUCUGUCUCCAGCCUGAGGCCACAGUGUCAAAAGAGUGGAAAUAAUUGUUCAUAUAUGUUCAUUAAUAACGCUGAGAUGAGCUUGCAAACAAAAAAAGAGCUCUCUGAAUGCGGGCUAAAAUCUCAAAUAAAUAAAUAUAAUAGAAAAUGGAACAGGUUUAAUAGCUUUUUGUCCUCGGUAAUCAUACGUAAACAUGGUAUUUUAUAGGACAUUGUGUGAUUCAUAUGUGCGUGUGUGUUUGUGUGUGUCAGCUCGUGCAGGCUGCGGAGGGGAAGUUCAACCCUCACAUCCAUGUGGAGUACGAGUGGAGCCUCAGACUGGAGGAGAUGGACGAGAGCGACGACGACCUGGAUGAUAAGGUUCAAACUAAGCUUUGCAGUCCUUUAGUUAAGAUUGAACCGGAUACCAGGAAAUAAUGAAAACCACCCGCAAGUGCAGCUCAUUAGUCAGAUGAAAACAGCUUCUGUAAUCACACUUCAUUUUUGCCAUGCGUCAAAAACGACCACAAACAGAUACCAACAUUUUCAUCAUCAUUCGCCUCACUCUGAUUAUAUCCCUGGCUGUGCUUAUUAUGUCUAAUCUAAUAUUUUGUUCCCAUCAAACUGCCCACCUGAUGUUUUCUAUUUUUCUAUCUUUGAAUAUUUAUUUUUUUCUACCAGCAAGAAGGACCUUUUUUGGUCUGAUAAUAGCUCCACACUUUAAGAUAUGAAUCCCUCUUGUUUACUCACAACAACAGAAGAGACAACUUGCUCUGGUGGCACAUUUAUUCUCUAGUUAUAUCUUCUAAAAUUACAAUUAAAGCAGCUGUAUGAGCGGUAUGAAUCCUGCAACUUAAUCCAAUCCAAAUAUAGCACAUUUUAAAAAACAUUCAAGUUUACCAAAGUGCUGCACAAUAAUCUUAACAGAACAGACAAUACAGAAAACAUCAAGGUGAAAUAAAUAAAAGCAGGUAAAAAACAUUUAAAAUGAAAUAAAAUUAACUAAAUAAAAACACAAAGUGGUAAAAGGAUCAUAAAAGGACAGAGAUCACACAACUCUCAUUCUGAGUUAAAAGCCAAGGAAUAAAAAUGAGUUUUAAGACGUGAUUUAAAAGUAGAAAGAGUGGCGGAUGUUUUCAUCUCGAACUUAAAAGCAUUGAUUUCUAUGAGGUACUGACUCGCUCUGUCUCCAACCGUCUUUUGUCCGUCUCCAGCCCAGUCCCAUCAAGAAGGAUCGCUCCCCACGGCCUCAGAGCUUCUGCCACUCCUCCAGCCUGUCCCCCCACGACAAGCUCUCCCUGCCUGGGUUCAUCAGUCAAAAGGACAAACAGCAGCGGCUGUCGUAUAGCGCCUUCACCAACCAGAUGUACAGCGCCUCCACUGACCUCACCUCCUCCCCCGUGGCCGACGGACCGCCGCUGCCUCCGAGGAACCAGGGCAAAGGUCAGACAUGGCUACUCCAAGUGCAGCGUUCGUUUUCAGACGUUCAGUUUUACAAUCUCAAGUUUAUAACGCUGGAUUAUAAAAUUAUAGGAAUCAUACUCUGCUAUUAGUAAUGAAAAUAGUCUGAACUACACUGUGUCUGAUUACUGUGGGAAAAAAACAAGUCUUUGAAACUGAACUGUGUUAUGUCUGUCAAUGUUUGAUGAUAACUGGGGAAAGAUAAGCUCCCGAGAAAUGCUUUGUUAUCACUUUACUUCAAAGUUCCUCCUUUCAGCUGUCAGUCAGUCCACACAGACACACACACACUCACGUUUACACACCCUGCAGAGGAAUGCAAUUUGUCAACACACAGAUCAGAGGGCGGGUUGCAGGUGUCAUUAAGAUUGCUUACACAGUAAACCUUCAGGAAAACAUGGCCGCAGGAGAGGGCAGGGAGGCGCUGGUUUGUCAGCGUGUGAAAAGGAAGCUGGAUAUACACUUCAUCAUUAACUUUGACAUAAUAUACACAAAUGAUACACUGUGGGCGUGCUGCUGUAUCUGCAGUUUAGGAAAUUAAGAAUAACAUGUCCUCCUCUGUGGAGGGGCAGUCCCAGCUUCGGUUCAUGGUUAAAAACAUUGCUUAGGCUAACAGUGCAGACAUCCAUCUCAACAAGUCAUUUUAAUCCAUUAUUCAGCAUUUAAAUCUUAUUUUUCUGAAGACGAGAGCUGUGAAAUUUUACCUGUUUCCAGUGCAAAUCAAGACAAAACCCCAGAGCUUCUUUGAAUAAACUAACGAACAGCACAUUUGAGCUUAGCAGCAGGUAUUAGCAGUUAUCUGGCAAUUUAAAGCUAACAUUGUUUGCAGCACAUUUGAUGCUGUGGCUGUAUGCUUUGUCCUUCAUUAGGAUUUGCUCUUGUUGAAAUGCUGAUUAGUAUUCCCAUUAUUAGAGGGUAAAUGUAAAAGAUAAAAGAAACAGGGUCAAACUCACACAAGGACACUACUGUAGGCAGCUAAGCUAGUUAGGCUAACAACCAUGGACUGUAUAUAGAAUGGACGCUGUCUGCCUCCUUGCUGGGUGAAGCCACCUUGAGAACAGCACCCUCUAGUGACGGGCUGCAGUAUAGGUCGUAAAUCCCACCUCCUCCAGCAAUCUUUGUGGAGCUGUAGACAAACUUUAGAAAUUUAUCGCACAGAAUAUAAUUUUUUCUCCCCCCUGCUUGUGAUGUUGACAUGUAGUUAUUGUAAGACUUGUUUGUGCUCAAGUCCUCUUUUUUCUGUACAGCUACAUUUUUAAAAGUUAUUAGGGGGUUCAUGUUUUCUAUGAUUGACACCUGAUAUAGCUUAUGGGCAUACAAGGAUUGCAUAGCUCACCCGGGGGAUACGCUGCUUGAGUCGAGUGUCAUCACAGCGACUCUUGGUCACUCUCCCGCCUGAGGACAGUAGCGUUGUACGCUGUUGGUUUCAGGAAAUGAAGAAAAAUUACGGAGUUACUGAGAGCUUUUUGGCCUCAAAUCUGUAAAAUGGCGGAAGGUGGAACCAACUUGUCCAUAUUAUAUACAGUUUAUGCUAACAACACACUGUUUCAGCUUUCAAUCAGUCGCCUCUUUUUCCACACAUGAAGACUCUGACUCUUCUCUGACUGUAACUAAUGAACCAGCACUGGAAACAAGGUUGAUUUAUGCAAAAAUAAGAUUCAAAGCCUAAAUAAGAGGCUAAAUGACCCAAACAUACGUGUGUAAGAACAUGCCAGCUCUUCAGAUGCUACAGAUCAGCAGCUGUCUCUCAUCGGGUUCUGAAGAGCUCGCCCUCAGGGCCAGCUUUACGCCAUUUUUCCCUCUUUUUUUCUUUGCUACAUCUGAUAAGAUUUCAUCUUGUUAUUUUAUCGUGUGGGAGUCGCUCUUUUUUGAAACUGACAUACUGUAGAUUCUCUCCCACACUCCUCAUCUCGCUCUCUUUUCUUUCUCUUUUUUGUUUCUCUAUUCUUUCAGCUCCACACUUGGCAUUCCUUGGCUCUCAUUCGCACUACGCCACACUGGCUGGCACUCGACCAUACAUCAGUGAAUAUCCUGUUUUUACGUUCUCCCCCUUAACUCGGCUGUGUGCCCCUCAUACAAGUCCCCCCGUCAGUUGUUCUUUCUUUACAGCUCAGAUUCACAGGCUGGUGGCGUCUUUCUUUAAGUAUAUCAUGGGUCCAUGUAGGCAAACUUCAUACCUGUUAAUUAUUUCUUGCCUACAUGAUUUUUUUUUAAAUUCGUAGAUCGAGUCCCACCAUCCUUGAGCUGUAAACUCUUAACCACAGCUGAUUCCUCUCUGGCUGAGCUCUCUGUUGGCAGCUUUUGUCACCACUUUCUCAGAGAUAAUGACCCGUGGAGUCCUUAUCGGCAGAAAAAGGCGCAUUUCUGAGCAAAUUUAGACACAAAAUGUGCCCACACUCCAAAAUUGAAACAUCGCAUCCCCGUCAAGACAUUCUUAUGUCAUCCUUCAAAAGCGUACUCUUGAAAUCUCUUCCCAUAUUUUCCGCUCCUUUUUCCUUCUCCAUCCUUCAUCAUCAUCAUCCUCUCCUCUCCUUUACCUUCUCUGGGUUUUAAGGGGUUAAUAGGAUGAUGUUUCUGUGGGGGGUCCUCAUCACCUCAUGUGUUUUAUGUAUCGCUCCUCCAGCUCCUACCCCAUCUGGCCCUCCCUCUACACUCACUCCAGGAGGCAGCUCCACCCUGUCCAAGAAGAGGCCUCCGCCCCCACCUCCUGGACACAAACGCACCCUGUCUGACCCACCCAGCCCGCUCUCUCACAGUCCACACAGUAAAGGGGGCUUGACUGGGGGUGAGACGCAAGCCUGAAGCUCAAUUAUUCUUUUUGUCCGAAAAAAAACACAGGGUUAUCUUUCUUUUAGUGGCCUUCUCUGGACUUCUUCAACUGAAUUCAGACAGAGAAAUGUUUUAUGAGAUCAAGAAAAACCUUUUUGAUCAAAUUUUCUCAAGCUUUUGACAUAAUUGUCUUGCCGAGAUGUGAAGAAGCUUAGUCCAAAUUUUAUUGUCUGUCUCUUUGUGCAAUUUGAAGGUUGGUAAAUUGUAGUUUCGACCAAAAUAAUCAAAAAAAUGAGUCAGACUGUUAUAUUUAGGCAGUUUUGGAAUAUUUAUUAUAUAAUUAUAGCCAAUGAAAAAGCCUGAAAGUGCAUCAUUAAUACUGGCAGAUUUUAAGAGUUUAAGUCGAUAUCUAAAAUUAAGAACAGACACAUUAAUUAACAACAGCAAUAAAUAACAACUAAGAGCAUCAACAUGUUGAUUGUACGGGAGUAUAACAGCGAAAUAGCUCUUUACACUCCUUAACAUCGCCAAUCUUCAUCACAAGAACUUUCAUUCUGAAUGUCGAAAAGUCACAAGGCAACUUUUAAAUUGCGCAAAGAGACGACAAAAAUUCUGUUUUUUUUAGUCACCUUUAAAAGACGAGGGAAAACAAGUCAAACACACCUCAGUCAUCUUACCUGCAACCCUGUUUCCCCCACUUAUAUGUGUAUGACGGGGAUAUUUUGACUGUUUCUCCACUUUGAUCAUGUGUCCUCUGUGGUGUUUUGUGCAUUCUGUGUCACCCGACCACUAAUUAAGAUGACACUUUAUUGCACAACCUCAGUUUCCAAAUAACCCGGGCUCAUGGAAAGCUCAGCCAGAUGACGCCUCCCUCAUUGUUUUUUUAACCAUCACAGCAUGUUCAGUUAUUUCCACAUUUAUAUUAAAUUAAUCCCCUGCUCGGCACUCUGGGAUGGUGUUAAUUAAUCUGUUUGUCGUCAUGGAUGUUAAUAUUUUAGGAAGCGAUUCCACACCUCCUCCUGUCAGCAAGAUGUCUCCAGUUUCUAACAAGUUUGAAGGAAUUCCUCAGCAGCAAAGGUACUGAAAAAUGGAAAAAUCACAGUCAAGUGAUAACUCUGGUAUUCAAGUUUUGAAUAUUUGUUGUACUGUCUCUAAAUCUUCAGGGUUUGAUUGUAUCAAACAAGUUUCCACACUCUCCACACUCCUGUUCUUUAUUUUGUCACAUUUUAACUAAACUUACUAAAUUGAUGGAAAAUCUCUUUCAAGCACCACUUCAAGCAACACAAAGUCUACACUUGGUCCAAGGGUUCUUCCCAAACUACCUCAGAAAGGUACAGUCCCAGUGCAGUUUUUUAUCUGACUAUAGGAUGCUGAAUUAAAAAGGUGGUUAACUAAAUUUGAGAUUUUUCCUCUAGUGGCAUUGCGGAAGAUUGACACCAUACACCACCCGUCUAUGGAUAAGCCCAGCCUUCCUCCAGAGGUCUUCCAGAAGUCUCCGCCUGGAACGGACACCCCACAGAAAGCUCCUCUGGCAGAAAGGCCUCAGCUAAGCGACCUCCCGCCCAAACCUCAGCCGUCUGAACUCCCCCCUAAACCUGGAGAACUUCCUCCAAAACCGCAGCUCUCCGACCUCCCUCCUAAACCUCAGCUGGGAGAUCUCCCCCCUAAACCCCAGCUCAAAGACCUGCCCCCCAAACCUCACCUUGCAGACAUACCCCCCAAACCUGGAACAGUCGAGUCCGCUCCGAGGCUGUCGCAUGGAGAGACGGUGCAGAGGCCUCAAACGCAGCCUCCGCCUCCACCUCAAACCCAGCCUCAGUCUCAGCCUCAGCCUCAACCUCAACCGCAGCCCCAAGACUCACCGUCACCAAAUCAGCAGGCAAAUAUAGGGACCCCCACUCAACCUGCUCCUGAGGACACCAAUGGGACUCCAACAGGGACUGCAGAAACUCCAGUGCCCCUACCGAGGAAGAUAAACACGGUAUGAAAGUGAAAUAUUCCCUUAAACAAUUGUACCGCUGAUUCAGACACAAGUUAACAUGGCAUCCAAACUGCAGGUUUAGGCUCUAUGAUAAAGAAAAUAUACAUUAUUUUUUAAUGUGUAUGUUUCAUCUUUGACACUUUCUGAGAGUGUCUUGGUAGAGCCAGAGCAGUGGAGUGAAUUAACUGAUGCUGAAACCUUUUUUUUACAGAUCACAAGAAACUUUUUUGGAAGAUACACAACUCUUCAUUUAAAAAUUAACCUGCAGAGAAUAAACUAUCAGGGAGAUGAAAAGAAGAAUUUUAACUCAUUGUUUUAUUUUUGUGUCUAGGGAAAGAGCAAAGCCCGCCGGGUGAAGACGAUCUACGACUGCCAGGCGGAUAACGAUGACGAGCUGACAUUUGUGGAAGGAGAGGUGAUCAUAGUUACAGGAGAGGAGGACCAGGAGUGGUGGGUGAGUAUAGCCUCGCUAUGAUGCUGACGCUUUUACACUCAAACUGCAUCUCAAAUGCACUAGAACACUAAAGCCUCUGUUACCCACUCUUUCUCACAUGCUCUCUUGAACUCUUCUCUUUCCAGAUCGGGCACAUUGAAGGAGAGCCAGAAAGAAAGGGGGUGUUCCCCAUGUCUUUUGUGCACAUCCUGAGUGACUGACAGACAGACUUGCACUAUGCCUCUCCCUAAAUUGGGAGGUCCUGUAAAUAGCUACAAUAACACCUCUUGUCACAUGACAAGUGUCCUAAAGAAAAAAAACAACAAAGAAGAAGAAGAAGCCGAAGAAGGCUCAUCUAGCCAUGGAUCCCUCAUCCAUGCUGUACAAAGAAUGUGUGUAUUCUUCCUUUACCAGUAUUAUCUUAACCCUAUAGCACGGCUGUGAAGAAGCCACUCUCAAAACCCUAGCACUUACCUAAAGUCUAUGUUUAUGCUGUUACUGUGUAUAUAUGUAUGUAAAUAUAUAUAUUUGUGUGUGAGUGUACAUACAUGUUUUAUUGUACAAAACAUGUACCAUUGCUCUCUUUCUCUCUACCUGUCAGACGAAGCAUCAGGGCGGUAGAGUUUGAAUUUUAUCUGUAUUAAUUUUACUUGCCCUUGAGUAAUUAUCAGCUUAUAUUUCUGGAAAAAGGACAAAUAAGAAACGGAAUGUGAAAUAGGUCACGUCACUAUUUGUGUCUUGCAUCCCUGUUUACCACCGGAGUCGACUGAAGAGGCAGGAGUCUCCCACUGACCUUCCCGCAGUGAAAAGAAUCUCAUUAAAUGUACUCCUUGUUCUUGCUUGCUUUGUGUGUACACGUAUUCUGGUUGUUUUACAGUAUAGAAACCUGCUGCUACUGUGUGGUGGAAUAUCAAAGCCUGUGGUUCACUGUAGGUCACUAAUUUACUCCUUGUUACACUGUUCACUGUGUGUAUGCUCUGUGUGUGAACUCGACGCCAUCUCCACAGUCCUUUGACCUCCUCUGUGCAUGGUGUAACAAUGACUGGAAUUGAGUGGAGUGCUGCAUUCAAAGACGCUCACCUCAGGGUUUGAAGAGCCACUAUUAUUAAACAAGCAGGACUACACAUUAAGUAUCCUGUUGUUAAAGCCACUAUUAUUGACACAUACGGGGAAACUCAAGAGGACAUCUUAGCAAUAACUUGAUUUUCUGACAGGCUACAAGUUCCACUUUAACCCGUUUUCACGAUUCAAUGUCUUGUAAAACCUCAUGAGCUUGAAACUUUUUGAGUUGGAGUCACGUUGAUAUCAUUCCAUGUUACUGGAUCCAGAACAUUUCCAGGUUUGCCUCUUGAACCAGAGAUGUCUUUUUAGAAGUGGACUUUGUAAAAGGCCGGAGAGCCGAUGUAUUUUCACCCCAAUCCUCACUGACUUGCAGUUCUCUCCCAUGUUAAGGAACAAACCCAUCAACCCAUUGUAUCAUUAAAAGUGCUGUACUUCAACUCUGA